AUGGCCGCGAAGUCCGACGGGGGGCGGCUGAAGAUGAAGAAGGGCAGCGAGGUGGCGUUCACGCCGCUGCAGAACUCGGAGCACUCGGGCUCGGUGCAGGCGCUGGCCUCGGGCUUGCCCUCGGCGGCGGGGCCCGGCGGCGCCGAAGACGACGAGGCGCCUGGCGGCGGCGGCGGCGGCUGCUGCUCAUCCGGCGGCUGCCGCUGCUGCUGUAGCGGCGGCGGCGGCGCUCGGGCGGCCGGGGGCUCGCGGGGCUCGGGCGGCGGCUCGUCCUCGCUGUGCCUGCGGCUGGGCCGGGAGCAGCGGCGCUACACGCUGUGGGACGGGCUCUGGAUCCUGGCGGCCGUGGCCGUGUACUUCGCGGACGUGGGCACGGACCUCUGGCUGGCGGUCGACUACUACCUGCGCGGCCAGCGCUGGUGGUUUGGGCUGACGCUCUUCUUCGUGCUGCUGGGCUCGCUCUCGGUGCAGGUCUUCAGCUUCCGCUGGUUCGUGCACGACUUCAGCAGCGAGGACGGGGCGGCGGCGGCGGCGGCAGGGGCGCCCGGCUCCUCGUCGGCCGGCGGCCACGGCGAGAGCAAGCUGCUGGUGAGCAGCGGUUCCGCCGCGGGGGACAUGGAGGCCGGCGCCCGGCCCGGCACGCCGCAGAGGCAGGCGUCCAAUGCCAGCAAGGGCAACGCCACCAACAGCACCAACAGCAGCAGCAGCACCAACGCCGCCGCCGGAGGAGCGGCAGGGGCGGGCGGCGGCGGCGGCGGCAUCCGGCCCCCCAAGAGCCGGUCCGCCUCCUGCGCCUUCUGCAUCUGGCUCAUGCAGUCGCUCAUCCAUAUCCUGCAGCUGGGGCAGAUCUGGAGGUAAGGCACGCGCGCUCACCCCGCUCACCUUCCUUGAACUCCCUCCAGCCACGCUGCGCUAAGGAAGGCGCGCAGCCGGGCCUCGGUCGCCUGGGAAAGGGUCCGAAGAGGCUCCGAGCCGGCGACUUGCCGAGCCGGGUCUGACGCCGAGGCCCGGUUGCCUUAACGCUUGGGGAGGCGGGGUGGGGGCUCAUCACAGUCUGCCCACCCCCCGCGCUUCUCCAAGGGCAACUGUCUCGUGUCGUGCGCCUUGAACUCUCUGUGUGUCAACGCCCGGGCUUGAAUUAACUGACCCGUCAAGGCAUCGAUUCCUUGCGUGUGCUUGCCCGGGCUGCCACUUAGGGCUUUUCAGGAGCGGCUGAAUAGGCACACAAUGGAGAGAUGGCAUCCACGCCCCUUAGGAGACUCGUUUGUUUUUGCACUGUUGGGCUGCGUGAUGCUGAGACCUCGCCUGUUUCCCUGCUUGUCUCCUGAGCUUUAAAAGCAGAGAUGCGCUUGGCGGGUAAUAAUGGGUGGGGUCAUUCCAAAUUCUGAAGCGGAAAUACCAUAUCACUAGGAUAAUCCAUGUGUCUGCUUAAAAAGGAGCACACACAAAUUCCAGCCGCAGCUUCAAUUGACUUGUUCAGUCACAAGGCGUUAUUUCUGAGGCUGUUACUUCUUAAAAAGUAAUAUGGGGAACAAGCACAUGGUUAGUUCUUUAAGGGUCCUAUGGCUUUGGUGCCAUAACGUCACCUUAUGAAAAGGUAUAUGCAAGAAGUUUAGAGAAGAGGAGCAUUGUAAAGGACUGUAGUUUCAAAAUCCUGAAUAGGUGUUUCAGGCUGCACAUUUACUUAGCACUCACUUCUGAGUAAAGGUGGACCCGGCUGUAUUGUAAGAUGAGUUUGUCAGCAGACUUUGGUUCUCCACACAAAAUAAAAGUGUUCGUAUGCGCACCCUGUUAAGUCACUUUGAGACCAACAAAUGGAAUUAAUAGUAAUAAUAAAUUAGCAUUCACUUUAAAGUGUAAUAAAGUAUUUGGACAAAUUUAGAGAAAUGUUAAUUUAACCUCUGCAUUAAACUACUGUACUUUUUAAAAGGCUCCAUGUAACUUCAGGGGUGUGUGUGUGUGUGUGUGUGCGUGUGCGUAUGUCUGUCUACUUGAUCAAAGUAGAAUUCAAGAACCUUGGUUAAGCUUGAAAUUGUGAUCCAGCUGAAAUGACUGCAGAUUUUAUUAUGGGACUGACUAGGAUCAGUGGGUUUCCUUUCUUAGUAGCUAUGAAGGACACUGCAGGUGAGUACAUAGCUGCCUGAUUGAAUCAAUGUGUAAAAAAGUGUUAGAGCACUUAAAAAUAGAGGACUAUAGUCACUUUGUUCCUGGAGAUCUUGGUUGGUGGUCUUACUUAAUUCCGACAGCAAGUGUUUUUAGUGAUUUAUUUAAAAAUUGAGGUGGAAUGGCUGCAGUGAAUUUUAACUGAUAGUUGAUAUUUGUUUUUUAAAGUAUAUCUGAACCUGUAUAUAGAACUAUAUAAAAAGUAACAUAUGAUAUAGCUUACAGUUGAUGAUAAUAUUGGAGAUUCUGGCUUUGUGACUAAAGGUAUAUUUCAAUAAAUCUUUGUGUUCAUGGAUAUUUUCUUAUAAUGUUUCUGAAGGAAGAGAAUAUUUCUAAAAUUCUGCUGUAACAUAAUAUGGAACUUCUUCAUUCCAAAAUGACAUCCACCUUUAUCUCCAUUACUUCUAUUUUAGUCAAAGAUCUUUUUAUUAAACUGGCCACACCCUAUUGCUCACAUACUUUGGUUAUUUGGACUGUAAUCCAAAUAAUUGAUUUCAAAAUGUUGUGUCAUGACCUGGAAGAAAGAGAGGGGCAUUGUGACCUGGGUGAGCACAAAGCAGCUCACUGUUUAGGACACCGUCAGGACUUCCAGGUGAGGAUUUGUUAAACUAGGGGUGCUCUGUAGCUAAGGUUGUACAGCAGGGGAGGGGAACUGGAUUCAGCCAGUGGAGUGGAUUCAGAACUCCCCCACCCUUGUGGGCCACUUUGACAGGUGGGUGGGGCCAGCCAACUGUAAAUCACCUGGCACCACCAUGAUUCAAAGGAAAUAAUCGGGAGUGCUCCUGAUUCUUCCUUUUUUUCUUUGCAGGCAUAUCUUGAGUUCAAGAAGUGGUUGCAAAGGAACAAUCUUUCUUUGUAGCCACUCCUUCAAAUCAAACCACACCUGCAAAGGAAGGUUUUAACUGCAGAGAAAACAUGUUCUUUUGCAUCUCCACUCUGAAUUCAAUUUAGGGACACACACAAAAAGAAUCAUCAGCAUUUUCUAGCUACGCUCACACCCCUUCUUCCCCUGAAGUCAACGGCCAGCACUUUUUAAAAUUUUCCUGCCACUGAGCAGGGUGUCAGGAAAAGAUACCAAAAUCUCAAAAGCACUGACAUUUAGCUCCAAGGGGUGGGGUGGGGAAAGUGUGCACUUUUAUUCCUUUGGCUAUGGACUGAAAUUUCAAUAUGUGCCAUAUCUGAUCUCAUAUAUGAUGUCAGCCCUAGCAAAUGUAGAUGGGGUUAGCCAAAAUGACCUUCCAAAGCUGGCGAGUCUCAUUUGACCCAUGGGCUGAAGGUUCCCCACUACUGUUGUAUGAUAUUGAGAAGAUGGCAUCAUUGUUGAAUGCUAGAAUUGGAAACUACAUGCAGCCUUUGAGACACUUUAGCAUUGCCUCCUCGUUCUUAUCAGAAUAUCUGCUUUUAUUUUAAAAAUGAGGGCUUAUUACUUUUCCCACCAUGAGAAUCAACACUAUUUUUAAAAAAUCACACAUUUACACACUUUAGAGUUUUGAUAUGUACAUUGUUUAUCAUUUUUUCACCAAAGAUAGGCAUUAAUAGUUGUUUUUUUAAAAAUACAUGAAAAGCAGAUAUAUGGCAAAGCUUGGGGUUCAAAAGUAGGCAUUCCUCAUCAUUUUAAAAUUUCAUAUAUAUAUCCAUUCCAUGUUGCGGGAUAUUUUGGACCAAAAGGUAUAUAAACUAAACAUAAUACUAUAUUAGACCCCAUUUGGUAAAGCACAUGAGAAUCACUAAUAAAAAUAUUAUUAAGAAUCAUGUAGAUACAUUGGAAAUCUAGGCUGAAAAUUGUUUUAUGUGAUAUAUUUAAUAUGUAUUAUUACAUGUGCAGACAAAUUAUUCUAGCAUUUGUUGUUGUUGAUGUUGUUAUAUUGGCUCUAUUUCUGACCGCACUUGGUGCAGUUAACAGUCAAGCAAAGCCUAGUAAAGUAACAGUUUUGUCACUUCUCAUUUCUGUGUUUUCCCUGCUAACAUUUCCUGGCCUUAGCAGUAGGGCUGGAGGUGCUGUGGGUCAUUUAGAGAAAGUGGAAAAGGAAGAAUAUCAGCAAGAAUUCAGGAGACAAGCAUUGAUAUUUCCCAGCGGUAGCACUGGUCUUCUAUCCCAUCAUCUUAAUGUACUUGGAACUUUGGAAGUUGCACAGGAUAUGGUGAAAAGUACUUUGCACUAACAGAACAAGAGAGCAGCACUGGCCAGUGAGGUGGGUCUCUGGCUGGCACCCAGUAGCAAUCAUCCAGCGCAGCAAAGCUCAUUCUUACUAGUAACUAUCAGGAAUCGAGAACCAUGUGAAUGCAUGGUUGCUGAGUGACUAAUAGUUCCUAGUGUUAGAAUUGGCUUCCAACAUUGGUGGUGCUAGUCGGACAGCAACCAUGUGCUUCCACAGUGCUGACUGAGACACACCCUGCCACCUCAUGACAGUUAACAACAAACUGCAGCUUUUCCUCUCCUGUCUUGAUUGCCCUGCAGGGGUGGCUGAUGAUUUCCUCUAGCAAGACACCUCAAUGGCUAUCAGUAGGCAUGUGUGAAUCCCUAUCCCACCAUCCUGUGCGUAGACUGAAUCUUUCUCGUUGUCCUGUGUUGCAUGCAAAAGUCUAUCCUCCCCUGCCCUUGUGCAGUGAACUGCAUGUUUUGCACUGUUCAUAUUUAUGGUUAGACAUCUUCAUUACACUUUCAUUACCUAAGGAAUCAUGUCCAAGCAGUGCCUAUUUUAAUCUUAGUCAAACCAAUUUCUUUUGUAAAGUCAAUAGCCUGGGACAUUUUCCCUUUUUUGGACAUACUGUUGCAUAACUAAAGAAUGACUUGUUGCCCCAGUUACUAAAGGUAAGAAAUAUUUUUUGGAAACAACAAUGCCCACAUAACCUACACCACACCAAAUUCAUUCAAAGGCUAAUGGGGUAAAUAAGACAAGGAGGAGCUUUAGUUCCAGGAUACACUUUGAAAUGCUGAAACAUAUGGAAUUUGUGCAAAAAUGUGAAGAAUUUUUCUGACAUCCCUAGCUGCAACUGCAGGAGACAUCUGUUGAAAUGGUUGCAAGGAGAGACAGAAGGAUGGCUGGGGAGGGAGGACAGAAGUAGAGAGGAUAUAUCAUGUUCCCCUUCCCCACUUUUUUCCUCUUUCUUCCCUAGAGAUGUAAAUUGCUGAUUCUUUGGUAUAUUUGUCCUCUCAUAUAAUCUCACGAUAAAAUAUGUAAUUCACUUAUAAUUGUGACAUUUGUUAAGCCACUGAAUUGUUGGAACCCAUUUAUUCUUGGUAAUACAGCUAAGUUCAAAUUUUCUUUACAAAUAUAAAUGCUAUUGUUGAAAACAGUUAUGUAUUAUUAUUUUUAAUUAAAGCAUACUAAUUGGGAAUUAAUGGGGGUUUUAAUGUUGCAUGCACAGGGUGAUGCUGUGAAAAAGCUACUUAAAAUGAUUAAAAUGAACAUUUUACUAGGGUGCGUGGAAAGUGAUGCCUGCCACUGAUGACGAUUUAUGAAUAAUAAUUAAAACUGCCUUCUUUGUGUUCUGCCUCUCAUUUCUACAAAUGUCAAUGUUGAACUCUGGCAUAGAAUGCACAAACGAAAAGUUGAAACAGGUAUUGGAGGUGAUCAGGGAGUUCAUGUUCCUGCUAUAGUCUGAAUACUUGAUACAGCCAGAUAGUUGUUUUGCUUCAGCCGGGAGUCAGAGUCUUAUCACCUUAUGGUAUUUUAUUGUUUAUUCUUAUCUUUUAUCGUCCCCUUCCUAUUGAAUUUCUCAGUAUAAAGCUAUGGAUAUUUUGACAAAUAUAUGCAUUUUGUAUUGAUGUUAUGUGUAUGUACAUGCAGCACUCUUAACUCACAUCUUGUGUGUGCUAUAACAGACUUACUGGAAAUGAGAAUCUACCCCAUAAAUGUGCUUUCAGCAAGUGCCGGAAGAAGCAGUUAUUUCAAUGAAGGUUCUGGGAAGCACUACAUGAGCAAUGAUGUCAUUUGGAAGUAUUCAAAUGGUGCAGGCAGGUGGAGGCAUCUUCCUAUCUUGUGGGAAGGUAGAGAGAUGUGGAUUUCUUUCUCUGAUUUUUACCUAAUCUGGCUUCUUUUCCCACCAAAUGUAAAAAAGAAAUUCAUAGAAACACAGAGUUGGAAGGGGCUUAGGAGGUCAUCUAAUUCACCCCCCUGUGCAAUGCAGGAUGCAACCACUGCAUCCCUAAUGUUUAUCCAGUCUCUGCUUAAAUAAUUCCAGUGACAAAGACUUCAUCACCUUAUGAGGCUGUCUGGUUUUUCCUGUUAGCUAAAAUUUGCUUUCCUGCACUUCCCCAAAGGCAGAUCUAGGGGCGCGCAGCCAAUUUGGUCGCACCACAUGCAGAGCUUCUGGUCGGUGUAGCAAGCACCACAACUAUGAUGUUGAACGGGAGGUGUGGGGGCACCGGAUUUUGGUGUUGCACAGGGCACCACUGAAAUUUGAGGUGCCGAGGUCUGCCACUGACUUUCCUUUUGUUCUUGUCCUUCUCUUUGGGUCAACAAAUAUAUAUUUUACUACCACACUAUAGAAAGCUCUAGCUACCCAGCCUAGCUCUGAAGUAGAGAUUUCCCCCUCUUCUUUCUGUUAUUUGGAGUGGGGAAUGGCUUCCUCAAAAUAUAUCUGCAAAAAUCUGCAUCUGAAAUUAGUCCAGUAUAGCUGCAUAGUAUAGCUGGCGGGGGGGGGGGGGGAGCAGGGUGUGAAUAGUGGAGAGAACAUUACAAAGCCCAGCUGAGACUGAAAGUUACUCACUUACUUAACUUAUACAUACAUACUUUCUCAAAGUGGCUUCUAUACAACAACAACAACUACUACUACUACUACUCCAUAGCCAGACUAGCGUAAUUUAGUACAUACAGGGGCUAUGAUGGCCAAGCCUGCCACUCACUCAAGUGUAAAUAAUGUUAAUUAUUUAUUUUAAAGUGUAUACCUUGCCCAAUUUUCAAAAGAAAUUCAAGGAACCUAAUGAAUUCAAAUGCAACAACCAUAUUAAAAUAUAUUCCUAUUGCAACAUUACAUUAUAAAAUCAAAAUAUCAAUAUACAGUCAUACCUCGGGUUACAGACGCUUCAGAUUGCAUUUUUUCCGGUUACGGACCUGCCAAAACCUGGAAGUACUGGAACAGGUUACUUCUAGGUUUUGGCGGUUGCGCAUGCACAGAAGUGCUAAAUCGCACUUUGCGCAUGUGGAGAAGUGCUGAAUCGCAACCCACACAUGUGCAGAGGCACCGCUGUGGGUUGUGAAUGCUGCGGGUUGCGAACGUGCAUCCCACAUGGAUCAUGUUCACAACCCGAGCGUCCACUGUAUAUCAAAUCUAAACCACAAUAAAUAAUUUCAAAACAACCACCAGAACCAAAACAUCAGAGAUUAAACAAUCAGCCACAUGCAUCUAUAAGCAGCCACAUUUUUUACCAACUAGCUAAAAAUAGUGCAGUGAUGGGGCUUGGUGCAUCUCACUUAGUAAGGUGUUCCAGAGGACAGGAACUACUAACCUUGCCCUCGUCACUGGAAGCUGUGCCUCAGGGUGUGAGAGAUUUAGAGCAGGGCAACAGAUGAUGACAGAGGCCUCAGGGUGUGAGAGAUUUAGAGCAGGGCAACAGAUGAUGACAGAGCAUGUGCAGCGGGACAUAUGAAGGUAAAUCUUAAGUAACCCAGUCACAAGCUUUUAGGUCUUUAAAAAUUAGCACUAGCACCUUGAAUUGAAUCUGGAAACAAACCAAGAGUUCACUGUUAAUUUGGCCACUCAUGGAUUCAAAUUUAUCAUGUAUUUCUAAAGUAGGGGAAUGGGUUGUUCAUUUUGUUUCUGUAUAUGGGCAUGAUGAAUUAAAGCACAGACCAAUCAUGGUUUGUGAAUCCUAUCAUUCCAUUUUGAACUGUGUUUGGUAAAGCAAGUCAUUUUUGGGACAGGGUGAGGACACAAAAAUAACUUGAUUAAUCCCUAGCCCCAAUUCAAGCUGAAUUGGGACUUGGGCAUCACUGGGACUUGGGCAUCACUGAGAAUGCCACAUAAUCUGACUCCUUCCCUUCCAAGUUCCUAGGAGCUCCUCAACCCCUUCCUGGCUGCUUCUGCUAGUGCAUCAGCAAUUCCUCCUGACAUUGUUGCUCCCUUUUUCAACAGCAGCAGCUGGCAAAGAAGGCACUCCAUCCUUCUGUCCCUUUUCCUCUGUCCCUUUAUCUUCUCCUUCUCUCUCUCUCUCUCCAUCCCAUUCUCCUUUAUUCCCAUGAGCAGAAAAUAAUGUGUUUGUAGUAUGUGUAUGAAUGAAUAAUUUUCUUGUGCUCACAAGAAAAUCAUGUAUGCAUAUGAGUGUACAUGAUACUUUGCAUUAGGGUGAAUGUCUGAAACUGUCUCAGAAAUAGAUGUUGUAUGAGUAAGACAUACAGUGAUCUGUGAUUUGUGUUAGGAACAUUUCCUGUUCUUGCACAUGGCCCCAUAGUUCUCCUAGUUCCCCUCCCAUCUCUCUUCAGUAAGUUUGUGUCGUUCUAAUUCUAAUGUAUUCAAAACCUCAACAUAUGUGAUUAUUGCAAAUUUUAUUGAGUGAAGAGUCUGUGGAAUUUCAAUUCUUGUUCAGUGCAAAAUCAGAUCAUACUAAUAGUAUAGAUAAGACCUGUAGGUCUUACAGGUGGGGGAAAACAAAACAAAAGAGAAAAUAUUAAAGUGGCAGGGGCUGAUAUUAGAGGAAGCUCCUCAAAUAAGUUACUAUAUGCUAAAUAAAAGAGCAGGUAACAAGUGAAGAGAAAAAAAGGGAAACUUGGCAAAAUUAAAAUAAAAUAAUUCAAUUUUUGAAUAAAGUGGAAAUUAUUAAGUAUAGUAAUAAAAGUGUUCAUUAAAACUGAUAAGGAAAAAUAUUUUCAUGACUUUCUCAAUUCAAUGCAUUAUCUGGGGAGUAUCAUCUAAAUUAGAAAUAAUAAUGGCUUGCUGCUGUCAUGCAUGAGACAGAAGUAGCACCAAAGAGAGAACAAUCCCUGGGGCAGAAUGGAAUCCCCAGUAAAUCUCUGAAGGCACUCAACAGCAUUACGUAACCCUGAUACAAAUGCAUAUAUCUGUGUGCAGGAGGGCUAUGGAUGGGAGGGAGCAGUACUAGGAAGAUUUCUAUGCAUGGAGCAGCACACACAGCAGGGACUAGAAAGGAUGUGGUUGGGGACGAGUGAAACUCCUGAAUUCAACUUUUAAUGGGUGGGGAUGUUUAAAGCACAGGGAGCUAAUAAUUUAGCACCGGUUUUUCAAGACAAAGUAGACACCAAGGAAUGUGGAAAUUAUAAAGGUGUUAAGUUAAUGAACCAUAUAAUGAAGUUGUGGGAAAGGCUCAUGGUACAAUGUCCUAGACACAAGUAGAUGAGGUCAGUGAUAAUCAAUUCUUUUCCAGACUAGGGAAAAAAUACAAUCAAUGCCACUUUGUGCCUAGAUUUCUACAAAUGAAAUACUGGCUAGUAAUAGUGUCUGAUGAUCUGUGCAGCAUUUUUUACCCCUGGAAAAAAAUCAAACAAGUCCUAAGUAAUAUAAAAUUCCUAAUUUGGAUAUAAUAAGGGCGUUUAUCAUAUAAUUAGAGGCUCUCUUUCAGGUCUGAGCUGAACCUAUUUCAGUAAAGUUUGUCAUAGUGAUUAGUGCUUAAUAGCAGUGGUUUAGUAUUGUGGUUGGGGAAAUCUAGAACAAUGGAUCGGAGUGUAUAUUUUGGGAACACGAAGAAACACUGCAGGAUGUGAUGAAAAAUUAGAGUAGGCUGGGACUAUGGCCCAGUUCAGAUGAUAAUUCUAAACCACCUAAUAAAUGAUUGUGAACAAACCAUGGUGAAUGUCAGGCUCACAUGCUCUCCAUUAAUCCCCCUCCUUUGAACUUGAGAGGAGCAGAGUAUAAGUUUCUGCAUUCACAUUAGAACAAACCUCAGUUCCAUGUUACAUACAAGAAAAUGAGGUUUGUUCUAGCUAAAGAGGGGGUUUGUUCACAGUUCCACUUGUCCUGUGCCUAGAAAGCAUGGGUCUGAGAGCUUUCUCACUUGUCCCAUGUUUGCUAGGAUAAGGGCUUUUCCACACUACCGUUUGCCCCACCACUUUCCCCUGCUUUAGCAAUGAAUUGGAACCAAUGGCAGUCCACAGAAAGCCAGAUUGCUGUUUGCUCUGAUUCAACACUAAUCCAUGGGUUUUCCCAGGGAAAAGUGGCAGGGAAACGGAAGUGUGGAUAAGCCCUUAGUUAACUAAUUUGGAUAUCAAAUCACAAUUUAAUCUGGUUUUCUUAAACUAACUUCUUUCAGAACAAACCAUAACUCCCUGAAUUGAUGCAAAACAAGGAGCUGCAGUUUGUUCUUAAGUAAAAAGUGAAAGCUUCAAUUUUCAUGCAGGUAAAUCCAGGGCUCAUUCCUACUCACCUAAAGCAUGAUCAGAACCAGGACUAUGUUUGCAUCAGUACACAGAAACUAGAAUGACACAGGGAACAGCUGUGGUACAAGGAAGUUGCCUGAAUGCUGGUGAGAAGGACCCAAAUCAUUCUAUACACGUAUGAAUGAUUUGUGGGAUGCAUUCAUUGUACAUAUGAAGGUCCUACACUGUGAUGCUGGAAAAAUGUAGUUUAAACCUGCAUGGAUUGUAGUAUGGGAGGAACAAUACAGGAAAAUGCAUGGAUGGAAAGGUUAAAAGCAAGGAUGACAAAUGGAAUGGCAUAAGUGUAGUCUAUGGAAUUGAAGACAAAUGUAUCUAUUUUGAAUAUAUAAGGAACUUCUUUUUCACAAGUCAGAAUAACCGCUUUCCUAGUCUGUAAUUCUCAAUUUCGACUUGUACAUUUUUACUUAUCCAUAAUGUUUUAGGAAAGAGGUUAAAGCACAAGACAAUUACAGUGGUACCUCAGGUUACAAACUUAAUUCAUUCCGGAGGUCCGUUCUUAACCCCAAACCGUUCUUAACCUGAGGUGCACUUUUGCUAAUGGGGCCUUCUGCGCCACCACCACAUGAUUUUCAUUAUCCUGGGGCAAAGUUCUCAACCCAAGGUACUACUUUUGGGUUAGCAGAGUUUGUAACCCAAUGUGUUUGUAACCCAAAGUGUUUGUAACCCGAGGUACCACUGUACUGUAAGAAAAUAACACAGUCCAGAAUCAAAAAAGUUCCUUAAAAUACUUGCUCUAGACCAGGGACGUCCAACUCCCAAUAAACUGUGAUCUACUAUCAGUAUAAAAAAACUGGCAGUGAUCUACCCAUUGUCGUAAAAAGACUGGCAGUGAUCUCACCAAAAUUAUGGAGCUUUUUUUAGGAAGCCAAAGUUUUUUGCUUUCUUUGUAAAAAGGUCACUGAGGGGCCAGAGAUCAACCAGGAUAUACAAGGAACACCCUACGCUCUACCAGUAGAUUGUGAUCUACCUGUUGGACAUGCCUGCUCUAGAUUAGUCGAAUUUUAUUACUUAUUUGUGGACACCCAAAUCAUGUUGCAAACAACUCACCUGAAUUUUGAAACACUGUUUUGAAAAUCACAUGAAUUUUUAAAUAUGUUUUCCAUCUGACACAGGAGUGCUCAGAGUUCAAGAAAAUGCAUUCUGAAGCUUCUUUGGACUCCAUAUUUCUUUGGAUCACAUACAUUGGAUACCAAGUGCUAAAAGUUGGGGAAAUAUGUUUUGUUUUUUGGUGUUUCAGCUAUGACCCAAAUGUGUGGGAUUAACUAUGACCUCAAGGUUAAAGGCUGUAGUAUCUUUCUUUUUCUUUUUUUCCUCUUUUCGGGAAUGUGUAAAAACUAGUUUUAAAAUGGUACAUGUAAACAGUGAAAUGACAAAGGCCACUCAAACUCCAUAGCCUGUUUGUUUGUUUGUUUACCAUAUUCAGUGACAGCAAGGGUCAAGAGGAUCAUGUGUAUGUUCAUUGAGCCUUGUCCCUCUAGGCUGUGUCUGAAUUGGAGUCUAUCCCAGUUAUAUUUUCAGUGCUUUCAAUUCAUGGUGCUUGCAGCACAUUUCCCUCUUGCUGCGUGAUCCUUGUCAGCAACUGUAACUCAUGCUGGUUUCUCUCUCUCUCUCUCUCUCUCUCUCUCACACACACACACACGUUUUCACAUGUUGUCCAAUUCUAGAAUAACUUGUCUAACUCAUGGAACUCCAAGGGUGUAUUUGUAUGUUUGUCAAUUGUUUGUCAAUCCUUUCAGCCAAUAUUUUAAUUUCUCAGAUGUGAUAGUCAAGAGUACUGGUUAACAUUACAUUUAUGUCUACUGGGACACCAUCACUUGAAGCAUUCCUCCCCUCCUUUUUGACUGGGUGCAUUUUGCCACAGUAAUUAGAAGUUACAUUGAUUUUUAAAUGAGCCUCACCUAGAUGCUAUUUGUGGGCCACGCUUUAUAGUGACAUUAAAUCAAGAUUUAAUGUUGAAGACAAGAUGGCAUUGCGUUUCUGAAGUAAUUAGGACAUGUUUCACAUAAUGUGUUUUAUACAAACAUUUUGCUUAUUCAUAUAUUGUUCUAAUUUUAGGACAUGUUAUUGUUACUAGGUAUGAUAACAGUCCAUCUCACAACAUGGAAGUAGUCCCACCCCCAAGUUUAAUCUGAGCUAGGACUUACCAUGGCUCACCCCAGAAGAACAUACUUUGAAUGUUUUGGAAUGUUGACUAUCAAUAAUACAUAUGUGAGCAAUAGUUAUGAAGAGAAUGCAUCUGUUCAUAGAGAGAAUGCCUUUCCAUUACUAAUCACUGUUAGUCCACAGAUAUUUGGGAUUAGAGAGGAGGACUUCAUGUGGUUUCCACAUAGGUGCAUACUGCACCAAUCUCUGUUUCUGUCUCUCUCAUAGUGCUUUGUCUGAUGGAUAGGUGUACUUCUCAUUAAUUUAUCCCUCUUUUGGUUUGCUGGUCUAGGACUUGCUUUUACCCUCUGCUUCUUGGAUACUGUGGGUAUAAAAUGUGUUGUAUGUCAGUUAUGCAUGUUGUAACUCAUGAAAGGCCAAAUAUGCAGAUAGAGAAAAGUAGAUGACCCCUCAGAAAUACAGAUUCACACCUGAUAUAUUCCUGAAAUAUCUAUAUUAAUGACGCAUCAUAUUUAUGAAUAUUAACUUUAGCAAGACAGGUAACUUCAGUGCUGUGCUGCUGUUUAUUUCUUGGCAUGAGAAAUGUUUUUGCACUCAAGGAAGUAAGAAUGGGAAUUGAACUAAUGCUGAAAAUGGCCUCAUGCUUAUGUAGAGUGUAAUUCAUUGAUAUGAAUGAGCUUUUUAAAGGUAGUAGCUGAAUGCUGCCAAGGCCACUCUUGCACUGUCUGGGUAUAUUAUUCAAAACAUUUGUGCACAAAGUCUUCACUUUCUUCUAGAGCAAUAUGCCCUGCCCACAUCUUUUUACACAAAGCUUUCCCAAGUUGUCAAGCUGAUGUGUGCACUGGACUGGGUCUGAAGUUUCUGUGUCUUUUGAGAAUGUUAUAUUUUGUUAUGGAAAAAAAAACAAAACCUUACAGAUACAUCCACGGGGUAAUAUGGCAACUCACAUUCCCCUCUUCUCUGAGUACGUAAGAGAGGUGCUUAUCAUUGCCUGUUAGGGGAAAAUAAAACUUCCCACUGCUGACUGGCAAGGGAGCCAGUGUGGUGUAGUGGUUAAGAGCGGUAGUCUCGUAAUCUGGGGAACUGGGUUCGCGUCCCCGCUCCUCCACAUGCAGCUGCUGGGUGACCUUGGGCUAGUCACACUUCUCUGAAGUCUCUCAGCCCCACUCACCUCACAGAGUGUUUGUUGUGGGGGAGGAAGGGAAAGAAGAAUGUUAGCUGCUUUGAAACUCCUUAGGGUAGUGAUGAAGCGGGAUAUCAAAUCCAAACUCUUCUUCUUCUUCUUCUUCUUCUUCUUCUUCUUCUUCUUCUUCUUCUUCUUCUUCUUUAUGGAAUGGUGAGGCCACUACUGCAUCUGCAGCCCUCCUGUGAUGAUGGAUGAUCAGAAAACAAGGCCAGGAUGAUCACUGUGCCAACAUGCAACUGGUAUAGUGAUCAGGCACAGAUUAGGUCUGAUAUCAUAACAUGACAAUAGUGGGAUCAGCUCAGGAUCUAAUGGCUCCCAGGAUGGCUUAGCCACAACCCUCCCAGCCUCUGGAACACCCUGUUUUGGAGCUUUCUGCAGGCUAUUACCAGCAGCAUACCCACCACCAGCACUUCUGCCCACCCAAAAGUUCAGCAGGCAGAAUGGAAAGCUCUGAACCAGUAGCAUGCAGCAGGUGGCCAGUUUGCCCAAUAGAGCUGGGUGGAGGAACACCUCUGUCCAAUCCAAGUCCCUCCUACCCAAACCUGGUAAACAUGGGAGAGGGUUUGCUCUGUUGCUUUCAAAGGAAAAUUAGAAUUUCUUAUGGCUCUCUGUUCCUUGAUGGAUAAGUCGCUGAAAAAGAACAUGUUGUAACUGGAUAUAAAUAUUUAACAUUAGAAUAUUAAUGAUAAGAUGAUUCUUGCUGAGGAGCCGAGGAGCCAGAGGUAGCUGAUAGGGAAGUUAGGGAUGCAUCUUCUUUUCCCCCAGUACCAAACUCCAAACUCCAAGGUUUAUGCAUUUGACAGGGGAGGUUGUGAGAGUUCGUGUUAAUUGUGAAUGGUUUAUAAAACAAUUCAGUGUUACCUCUCAUGCCCACUAUUUUCAGGACAAUUACUUACAAAACACUAGGUGAGAUUAAAUUAAUAAUUUUUAUCCAUCCCAAAACUGUAAAGGUUACCCUUGCAGUUAUCCUUCAAAAUUAAGUAGGAUCAAUCUCUUCCAAAGGGUCAAAUCUGCUUGCAAAUUUCAUCUAAUUCUGCUAGAAAUUAAAAAAUCUAUAGAUAUUUCCUUUUAAAAGAAAGUCGUCGUCAUCAAACUUUUAAAAAAGUGCUCAACACAAAAGAUCCUGGUUGUAUUUGCUUGUAAUUUGGUAGGUUUAAUACACUCUGAAGGGCUACUGUGCCUGCAAAUUUCAUUGAUUUUUUGCAAAAGCAAAAAGUUAUAUAGUAAUUGCCUUCUCCCAUAGUGAAUGGGCCUUUUGUCUGAAACAGAUUUGGCCUGGGACCCUGAACUGAAUUGGGCAGCCUUUGAAUUACUUUGGACCAAGGCAGGCUGUGUUUCAAAGCUCCUAAUUGCUUUAGUACUAAAUCUUCUGUUGAGUAUACACUCAUAGUACUUAUGAUAUUGCAAGAAAUAUUCUGCUCAAGCUGGCACUGCCAUGCAAGGAAUAUUGCUGUUUUCUCAGUACCAAAUGAUUUGAGAAUACCAUCUGCAGCAAACCGAGGAACUUAUUCUGUGUUAAAUACUUUAUUAAAUUUUACAUUGCAAAAACAUAUAAUAUUUGGCAGAAAAUAAUAAGGCUAUAAUAGCAAUGUCUUUUUUUUUUAAUAAAAAAAAACACAAUAGUGCCAGCAUACACUUUAAAAAUGGGAUAAAACUGCCAAAUUAAGGGGCUGCUCUACAGCAGCAACUAUCAGUUGCUCUUCCAGCAGUAGGUGGCACUGUAACCAGAAAUAGGAAGCUAGCUGUAUAAUUACUUUUGUUCUAAUUUAUAAAGCUAUAAUUCAGUUCCUUGUUAAUUCUGGCCUAGUCUCUUCUCAAUAAUAAUCUGAUAUAAUGUCACCAAUGUAAUAAAAGACACCAGGACUCUCUGCCAUUGCAGUUUUUGCUCUGGAAAGGUUCAACUUUGACAGAAUCAUCAAAAGGAAUUUUUUGCUAGUUUUUGCCUAGCAACAAGGCUUCUCUGGGAAAUGGGGGUAGUGCAGUCUUCUUCCCUAAUCUAUGCCAACUGACCACAUUUUCAAACAUUUUGCCGCCUCAUAGGAGUCAUAAGAACAAUUAUACAGAGGUGCAGGCCAAUUGUGUACUAACUCUUAAAGAAAUUUCAGAGGGUCAACCCUUUGCACUUCAGUAGGAAUGGCAAGGGAACCCAAGAUGGUUAAAAAUAAGAAGAGAGAUCAGAAAUAACUUGGAUGUAACUUCUGGAUGUGACUAGUGAAAAGAGUCCCAACAAAAGAAACCAUCCAUGCAGAAAAAUCAAUUAGUGGAAACCAUCAAAUACAGUACGGGGUGAAACUUGUUGCCAGCAGGUUUCACACCCCAGAGUGUGUUGUCCUCACCCCUGCCCCUUACAGGCCUCCAGAGCUGCUGCCUGUGACAUGCAUACAAGUAUGUCAUCUUCCACAUGACACCAAUCUAGAUUAGAAUUGGCCUUUCCCUCAGUGGCCAGAUGACCUCACAAUGUCAACUGGAUGUAAGGCUGCCAGAGAUAAGGCAUGGCUAGUCAAGCUGCCUGUCAGCCACAACUAAAGGUACCCUUUUCUUUCAGAGAAAGCACCGUUGAUGUAGUUUAACCUAGUUGCUGAACUUGUUCCAUCAAUGAGAUGCUGCCAGAGGGGGUUGAAUUGUCAUCACUGGGAAUGGGAGAGAAGUUUGUCCAGUCCACAGUUUCAUGUGCCCCUAGCAAAGGCACACUUACUAAGCCAAUGCACAAACUGAAACACAGCUCUCCUUCAAAAUUUGCACUGCAAUGCAGUUCUUUAACUUAAAAACGCAUAGGAAAGUGUAUACAUUAGUGAAAUGUGCACAAAAACAAACCUAUUCGUGAAAAUAACACACACAAAUGCAUGCUAUUAGGAGAAAACUGAUUGCAAAAAUGCAUACACUAAGCAAAAACAGCAUACAAGACUGCCAAUACUAGGAAAAACAUGCAUGAAAAUGUGUACAGUGGUACCUCGGGUUACAGAUGUUUCAGGUUACAUAUGCUUCAGGUUACAGACUCUGCUAACCCAUAAAUAUUACCUCGGGUUAAGAACUUUGCUUCAGAAUGAGAACAGAAAUCGUGUUCCAGCGGCGCAGCAGCAGUGGGAGGCCCCAUUAGCUAAAGUGGUGCUUCAGGUUAAGAACAGUUUCAGGUUAAGAACGGACCCCCGGAACAAAUUAAGUACAUAACUAGAGGUACCACUGUAUGACAUUUCACAUCGACUUUCAAAUUAUCAAACAUACGGUAUUUGGAAAUGAACUUAAGACUGGAAAAUGAACUUAAGACCCAAACUGACAAUCAUUCCUAGUCAUCCCAAGUACUUUGAAGAAGAGAGAUUUAGAACUUACCCACGAGGAACUCCAAGGACUUUACAAAGUGCCAUUAACAAAACAAACAGAUGGUGUGGUAGUGUGGCAUGUGUGAAGGUAGGCAAAUAAAGCCAUCUAUCUUGUUGUAGAUCAGGGAAAGCAUAAAUAGUGACAGUUCAAUUUUCCUUACAUUAACAGUAAUGAGAGUGAAACCUGAGUUGUCACAAAACAACAGUAGCAGUUGCAUUUAACCAACUUAACUGCCUCAUAUAUCAUGACUAAGAGAACUACCUGUUUCUGCAGAACAUGUUUUAAAAUCAGCCCACUUCAGGCUGCUGAAAUGCUGAGCUUCGUGAUACCAUUGGCUGCUGCAUAGGCUAGUAAGCAUUUUGGAUAGGAUUAAGUCACUGCUCUACUGGUGCAACAUCACUGUGGUGAUGUGAUGUUGCAGAUGGAGUCAGUACUUCAGGUUGCUGACCAUAUUUGGUGAGGUAGCAUGACAGGAAUACAGCUAAAGCACCAUGGUGCAAAUUUAACUAGGACUUCAAUCCAAUACACACUUCCCUAGCAAUAAGCCCCACUGAAAUCAGUGGGACUGCCUUCUCAGUAGACAUUUACUGAAUUGCACUGUUGUGCAAUUCAAUUCACCACCUGUACCUGCAGGGGUUGUGUUGUAUCAAUGUAUUUGAGGACUGCAUGUUUUGAGGAUUGCAGUUCACAAAGGGGUAAAUCCACACAACAUAAUCUAAGACAAACUUGUGUAGAAGAGCAAAUACCUGUCAAAUAGCACAGUUAUAUGCUAAGACUUAAUAUGGAAUUAUUGCUUUAGAUAGCCACCAUCAUACAGUUUGUAGCAAGGACUUCAAAUGCAAUUUAAUUAAAUGAAGCUGAAUGGCUCAAGGAGCAUGUCGGUGAAGUAUUUAAAAGUGAUUAAUGUUAAAGUUACAUUUAUGUGUGUGCACUUUGCUUGCACAAAUGUUUAAUACAAUAACUGAAAACUACACAUAACACAACCUUAUUAGGAAAAAUAAAUCCCUUAACAUUUUAUACACAGUGUGUCAGGCAAGAAAAUGCUACUGCAAUCAAAGCAAUUAACAAAGAUUUACCAGAAUGAAGCCAAAUACAGUAGAGGAUAAUUAAUGACGCUGAUACAGCUCAAUAAUAACUACUUUGAACUCUAAACAAUAGUGCAUGAACGCAUGUGUCAGAAGGACAGAUUUUAAUUACUGUCAGCAACAAUUUGCUAUGGGUUAAUUAAUAAUUUGUGAUAACUGAUUACUGAAAUAAGGGCUAUGCUAGGAUUCUCAAGUAUGACAUUUCCUCUUGCUGUCUGUGCAGUUAUGCAGGUGACAUUGUAAUAUAAAUAAAAAAGUGCCCCCCACAAAAUAAAUGGGAAACCGGAUGUUCUGGCAUGUGAUUGUAUCCUUGGCUACAUAAAUCGAUUCUUUCUUUCUUUUUCUUUGUGACUGUUACCUUUGCACAGUAUCAUAUUAGGCUGUAUUUUGUGCAGAAAAGGAAAUAAUCUUCUCUUCAAAAACCACUUCUUUAAUAAUUUAUUUGGGUUUGUAGACUGUCCAUAAAGAAAUAUGAGUAAAGUAAUAGUAAUUUAAUAUGUGAAGCAACUGAAGUAGCUUUUCUCCAACAUGUAUGAUCUAAAUAAGGUGUGACAGUUUAGGGUCUCCAUUCACCCCGUGGCACAUUAGUAUGAAACUUGGCAAGUGGCUAUAGUGCUCUUACAUCUUCUGGAAGAGUGAAUGAAAGAUGCAUUAUUCAAAGAUGGUAUUAGUCUGCUUGUUGACGAUAAGUCUGCAUUUCCAAUUUACAUCCCUUUGUAAUUUUUUUGUGUUUCACUCAUAAACUAGAUGCUCAGUACAAUAGUUCAAAUGCAAUGUCAAAAUAGUAACUUGACACAGAAACUAGAAUACGGUGGUUUUUUUAAAGGUGGCAGUCUUUUUCCAAGCUGUACGAAACUGUAUGCCUUCAGGAAGGGGUAGCCAAUGGUGUUGUUGUCCAGAUGCUGUUCCCAUCAGGCCCAUAUGGCCAUUGGUCAGGGAUAAUGGGAGUUGUAGUCUAUGUAGAGGAAACCACUUUGGCUUACUGAGUAGAUCCAUUAAGUGAGAUCAGUUUAGAGCCUAUUGAGUUAUAUGCCAGUAUCUGUACUUUAAUAAUGCGCUUUGAAUAAAUGUACUAAAUGUGCGCUCUUUGUGGAGCUACCUUUGAAGGUGACCUGGAAACUGCAACUAAUCCAGAACACGGCAGCUAGACUGGUGACUGGGAGUGGCCACCAAGACGACAUAACUCCGGUCUUGAAAGACCUACAUUGGCUCCCAGUAUGUUCCUGAGCACAAUUCAAAGUGUUGGUGCUGACCUUUAAAGCCCUAAAGGGCCUCAGUCCGGUAUACCUGAAGGAGCAUCUCCACCCCCACCACUCUGCCCAGACACUGAGGUCCAGUGCCAAGGGCCUUCUGGCAGUUCCCUCACUGUGAAAAGCCAAGUUACAGGAAACCAGGCAGAGGGCCUUCUUGGUAGUGGCACCCUCCUUGUGGAACACCCUCCCACCAGAUGUCAAAGAGAAAAACAACUACCAGAUUUUAGAAGACAUCUGAAGGCAGCCCUGUUUAGGGAAGCUUUUAAUGUUUGACAGAUUAUUGUAUUUUAAUAUUUUGGGCGGGGUAUAAAUAAAUUAUUAUUAUUAUUAUUAUUAUUAUCAUCAUCAUCAUUAACAACAACAACAACAUCAUCAUUAUUAUUACUGAAAUAUGAACAAAGCUAAUGCAUAGACUAGAUUUAUUUUAGGAAGAGCGCUUAAUUAUAAAUGCAACAGUAUUUGGAAAUAUCUUAUUUCAGGGCAUCAUUAUUCCAGUAUGAUAGGUGCUUGUGCAGCUGGAACACCUGCACACCACAACUUUACUGCUGUCUUUAUGUUGUCAAUAGUCCACCAUUGUGAAGGGAUUUCCACAUCUUAAUAUGUACGUUCUGAAAAUAUGCAUGUUGUAGCAAACAGUUUCAGAAUCAAAUAUAAAACAACAGAAAGACUGUUAUCUUUAGACAGAAUCAUAGAAUCAUAGAAUUAUAGAGUUGGAAGAGACCACAAGGGCCAUCGAGUCCAACCCCCUGCCAAGCAGGAAACACCAUCAGAGCACUCCUGACAUAUGGUUGUCAAGCCUCUGCUUAAAGACCGCCAAAGAAGGAGACUCCACCACACUCCUUGGCAGCAAAUUCCACUGUCGAACAGCUCUUACUGUCAGGAAGUUCUUCCUAAUGUUUAGGUGGAAUCUUCUUUCUUGUAGUUUGGAUCCAUUGCUCCGUGUCCGCUUCUCUGGAGCAGCAGAAAACAACCUUUCUCCCUCCUCUAUGUGACAUCCUUUUAUAUAUUUGAACAUGGCUAUCAUAUCACCCCUUAACCUCCUCUUCUCCAGGCUAAACAUGCCCAGCUCCCUUAGCCGUUCCUCAUAAGGCAUCGUUUCCAGGCCUUUGACCAUUUUGGUUGCCCUCCUCUGGACACGUUCCAGUUUGUCAGUGUCCUUCUUGAACUGUGGUGCCCAGAACUGGACACAGUACUCCAGGUGAGGUCUGACCAGAGCAGAAUACAGUGGCACUAUUACUUCCCUUGAUCUAGAUGCUAUACUCCUAUUGAUGAGGCCCAGAAUUGCAUUGGCUUUUUUAGCUGCCACGUCACACUGUUGGCUCAUGUCAAGUAUGUGAUCAACCAAGACUCCUAGAUCCUUUUCACAUGUACUGCUCUCAAGCCAGGUGUCACCCAUCUUGUAUUUGUGCCUCUCAUUUUUUUUGCCCAAGUGCAAUACUUUACAUUUCUCCCUGUUAAAAUUCAUCUUGUUUGUUUUUGCCCAGAUCUCUAAUCUGUCAAGGUCGUUUUGAAGUGUGAUCCUGUCCUCUGGGGUGUUAGCCACCCCUCCCAGUUUGGUGUCAUCUGCAAAUUUGAUCAGGAUGCCCUUGAGUCCAUCAUCCAAGUCGUUGAUAAAGAUGUUGAAUAAGACCGGGCCCAAGACAGAACCCUGUGGCACCCCACUAGUCACUCUUCUCCAGGAUGAAGAGGAACCAUUGAUGAGCACCCUUUGGGUUCAGUCAGUCAGCCAGUUACAAAUCCACUGAGUGGUAGCAUAGUCAAGACCACAUUUUACCAGCUUCUUUACAAGAAUAUCAUGGGGCACCUUGUCAAAUGCCUUGCUGAAAUCAAGGUAGGCUACAUCCACUGCGUUCCCUUCAUCUACCAGGCUUGUAAUUCUGUCAAAAACGAGAUCAGGUUAGUCUGACAUGACUUAUUUUUCAGAAAUCCAUGCUGACUAUUGGUGAUCACAGCAUUCCUUUCUAGGUGCUCACAGACUGUUUGCUUAAUGAUCUGCUCCAGAAUCUUCCCUGGUAUUGAUGUCAGACUGACUGGGCGGUAAUUAUUUGGGUCCUCUCUUUUCCCUUUUUGAAAAUAGGGACAACAUUUGCCCUCCUCCAGUCUGCCGGGACUUCGCCUGUUCUCCAGGAAUUCUCAAAGAUGACUGCCAGUGGUUCUGAGAUCACAUCUGCCAGUUCUUUUAAUACUCUUGGAUGCAGUUCAUCUGCCCCUGGAGACUUGAAUACAUCUAAACUAGCCAAGUAUUCUUGUACUAUCUCCUUAGUUAUUCUGGGCUGUGUCUGGGCUGAAUCAUUUGCUCCAAAUUCUUCAGGUCGGGCAUUGUUUUCUUUAUCGGAGAAGACUGAGGCAAAGAAGGCAUUGAGGAGUUCAGCCCUUUCUGUGUCCCCUGUUUGCAUUUCACCAUCCUCUCCUCUGAGUGACCCCACUGUUUCUUUGUUCUUCCUUUUGCUACGAACAUACCCAUAAAAGCCUUUUUUGUUGCUUUUAACCUCUCUAGCAAGAUGAAUAUUGCUGGGUGAAUAUUUAUCUUCCCAAAGUAAAUUAAGUUCUGAAGCAGACAGAGAUUUGCAUGCUUACAGUCUAGUCCAAGUCUACUGAUUUUUUGUUUACUCUCCAGGCAUGAUUUUGAACAGAUAAUAAAAUUGCUGGUAGAAAUACAGUCACAACAAAUUCAGGUCUUCCACAUUUUGAUAUUGUCCCACAGAUAUAUAUUGUCACAUGCUAUGAAAUCAAGAAGUUUAGACAUCAGAGUGUAGAAUUUAUGCUUACAGUAAAUAUUUUGUCAAACAGGAUUCGAGUUCUUAGGGAAAGAUUCCUUAGGCUGGGGGUCCCUAGAUAAAUUAGGGCUGCUGGGUAGAAAUGUUCAGUGGUUUUAUAAUGUGCUAUCAUGAUAACAAGCAUAGCACUCAUUUUUUAAACAAUAGAAGCAUCAGUCAACUGGCUUGAUUAUCAAAUGUUAAGCACCUCAAAACAAAAAAACAAACAAACACCUCUACCUUUUAAUUAUUGCAACAAUUCAUUGCUAUUCCAUCACCAUCCCAUUAUUCAAAUGAAUCUUUGUAGCACUAUUUGCAAAGCUAUGCAUUCAUUCAAAACAAUGAAAAGAGGGCAAUAUGAAGAACUCUGGUUAUUUAACAAGCAGUCUCCCAGGUUUUCUUAAUUCUGAUCAUGUGUUCUUAGACACUGGAUAACUUUAGAACCAAACUCUGAACCAAACAAUGUAAUAAGCUGUUGCUACUGGGAAUAGGGGAGAAAGCCCAGUGCUUCUACUGCAUAAAUUCUUGUGCAUGACUUAUUGUACUUUGGAUUAUGACUGCUUUUGCAACUAGUCUUCUGCCUUCUUCAAGGGGAGUCUAUAAGUUGGUUAGCUGGUCUAGUCAGACUCCACACCUGAAAGAUCUGAAUUAGAAUACCUAGUUUGUUAACUCUUCUUUCCUCUGCCAGUCAGGAGGGAUAAACUAGUUGUACGACCACGUACUGUGGUUCUGAAUGAUUCAGGAGCUUUGAGACCUCCUUAGAAUACAAUCUUAGAUCAAGGCCGCCACCACAGAUAUAUGAGAGCCCGGCCACAAUGACUAGUGACUGACAGGAAUGAUGACCAGUGAAACACACUUAUUAUACUCAUAUUAUUUAUUUGUUGUUAUUUAUUUCACUUUAACAAACAAUGUAGGAUGAGCACUGCCUUCAUUUUAUAGCUCAAAUACAAAAGUGUUGCUCAUCUACUCUCAGGUUUCUCCUGAGCUUCUAUAUGUCUUGGGGAGGAUUUACCUCACAGGUCCUGUCAGCAGAGGCCUUGCACAAGCACUGCUGCAAUGGGAUUUCCUCCAUCUCUUCUAUAUGCACACACUCAAGAGUCCCAAAACUGGCUGGGAGGAGGGUUCAGGAGAACCCCCAGAAUAGUGAAUGGAGAAAGAGCAGGCCAUUGUUAUGUCCAGCAAACUGAAAUGCUUGCAGAAACAAAACACGUGUCUUGGAGCAAUGUUGAAUUUCACCUCUUGUCUCAUGUUUAGUAGACAACCCUAAAAUAUUUUAAAAAGUAAAUAAGAAGGAAGGAACAGCAUGACAUAAGUAAUAGGAGAAGAAAGCUUUGUAGAGGAGCAAAAGGAUGAAACACAUGGAAGGGUUAGCCGGUAGCAGUGCAGAAAAGUUGAGGCUAGGAAAUCAAACCUUUCCAGUUUCUAGGUCACAAAAACAUGUAUAUAUCUACUGUUCACAAUUGCUCAGGGUUUGUUCUCAUCAUAAUCACCUUUAAUAAGCCCCUAAGCUUCUCCAGCCUCUCAAAAUAUAUGAGAAAAUGCAUUCUUAGGGAGUGAGUCAAAGGUAUAUAUGUCCCUAAAAUACAGAGACAGUAGGACUGACUUUUUUGGCAGCUGUAAAAAAGAAACAGAACACUGAUAGCUCGGCUAGCAUGUUAAACUGAACCUUGCCUGCAUCGCAGAAGAUUUCACAAGAAAAACAAAAUGGGAUGUUGUGAGUGAUGGAGAAUGUGUGGGCAGGUCUAUGUGCAUCAAAUUUAAGAACAUGUAAUAAAACAACCAUAAAGAGAACAAUAUUAAAAUAACAAGCCAAGAGAACGUGGUCAAAUGCCACAUUUUUACCUGUGCGUAGGUGCAUUCAGAGGAGAAAGCAUGGUUUGUAGGCAGAAGUAUUUAAAUUCCCCCUUUUCUCCCUGAAGAUGCAUAGCGUUAUGUCUUUCAAAACAGAAUUUUGCCUUCCUACAACACAACUGUACAAUACAGUGGUACCUCGGGUUACAAACACUUUGGGUUACAAACGCUUUGGGUUACAAACUCUGCAAGUAGUACCUUGGGUUGAGAACUUUGCCCCAGGAUGAGAAUGGAAAUCGCACGCCGGCGACACGGCAGGCCCCAUUAGCAAAAGCGUGCCUCAGGUUAAGAAUAGUUUUGGGUUAAGAACGGACCUCCAGAACGAAUUACUGUAAGUUUGCAAUCCAAGGUUUUGCUCUUUAACUAUAACUUCCUUAACCAAAGUACUAAAAAUAUAUUUCAAUAGGCGUUAUUUUUCAUUGGUACUGACUAUAAAGUUUUGUCUUGAGGGCUUACUAGAAAAAAGCAGUUGUGGAAGCAGCUGUUUGGCUGUUUUUCUUUCUUAAACUGAAUUGCUCCGACAAUGGGCAGUGGGAGACCCAUCUUUUCCCCUUCACAAUGCCUUUAGAAUGAUGCUACAUCAUAAUGUAGAACCAUUUCUAGUGGGGCAUGGGAGAGGAAGACAUGGCAGCCUGCUGGGUGCCGAUAGCUGCGGCUCCAUGGCAGAACAGGUUUUUUUUUUUAAAAAAAGCAUUCCAAUAAAAGUACCUAAAAUUUAUUCCUGCUACGAAAAAAAACCUAUUCUUUUUUUCUACAUUUCACUCUGCCCCAAUGGUGUUUUUUUAAAAAAUAAAUAAAUAUAUUAUCCCCAAAACCCUUGGCCUAAGUGUGUGUGUUUUCUGAAAAUAAACCUACUAUUAAUCACUCUAGUGAAUAACAUUGUCUCCUUUCUUCUUCCCUUUGCCACCAUUUAAGAAAAAGGUGAUGAAUGUGUAGAAUUAUACUACACUUAAUGUCAUAAGCAUACUUAAUCCUAAACGAUUAAGAGUAAAAAUUAUAAUACAGCUUUUGACAUUCUAAAUGGAAAGCAGGGUUAAUGAAACCCUAUUUUCUUUGGAUUGGCUAGACAGGUCUGGAAUAAAGAACCUGAAAAAUCCCUUUCACCUACUUAUUUUUUAGAAAAAGCCUAGGACAUACAAUUCAGCAAAGCCAUAACAGAUGCAUCAUGCUACCACAGUAUAACUGAGUUGAAAAGAAAGGAUUACGGUGUACAAUAUAACAUUUAUUGGAUAUAGUGCAUCAUAGACUCUGAAAGCUGGGCAUUUAAAAGACCUAUCCUCCCCCAUUAUUUUGUAAACAUAAUCUUGUAAACAUAAGAUCUCCUAUUGUUUUCUAAAUUCUCAGUUCCUCUUUCCUGCUCAUAUACCUACUUGCUACCAGUGACAUCAUUUGGUGACAACAGUGGUAGAAUUCAUCUUACACUUCCAAUGCUUGUUCAUAUGCUGAACAGAAUAAUGUGUUUUGUAUCCAGUAGUAUUCUGCCAGUGCAAAGCCUGCACAGCAAGAGGCAGCCUUGUGCAACAACUGAAAUGAUUAAUUUCCAUUUGUGCCAGAUGUUUCACAAAUCCUAGUGCAGAACAUGUAUUUGUACACCUCAUUUUUAAGCACUAGUUGCACUAUUUGGUGUGCUAGCACUUGCAUAACUUGUUAGCCCAAACUACUAGCAGAUCACUCCAUACACUAACACUUUUUACACCAAUGUUGCCAGGCCCUCCAAGUGUCCCUGUUUUCCACAGAUGCCCCUGAUUUAGAGAAGCCGUCCCGGUUUCUGAUUUGAUCAUGGAUUGUCCUGUUUUUCUUUAGAGUGUCCCUAGUUUCAUUGGAGAUAUGUUGGACAGUGUGGAGUUAUCCAACCCCUGAGCCAUCUGAAGGCAAUCCUGUAUAGGGAAGUUUAUUAAAUGUUUAAUGUUUUAUUAUGUUUUAUAUAUAUGUUGAAAGCUGCCCAGAGUGCUGGGGCAAGCCAGUAAGAUGUGGGGGGUAUAAAUACAGUGGUACCUCGGGUUAAGAACUUAAUUCGUAUUGGAGGUCCGUUCUUCAUCUGAAACUGUUCUUAACCUGAAGCACCACUUUAGCUAAUGGGGCCUCUGACUGCUGCCGCGCCAUCACCGCACGAUUUCUGUUCUCAUCCUGAAGCAAAGUUCUUAACCCGGGGUACUAUUUCUGGGUUAGCGGAGUCUGUAACCUGAAGCAUAUGUAACCCGAGGUACUACUGUAGUGAAAUUAUCCUUAUGGAAUGGGAUGUCCCUAUUUUCAUAGGAGAAAUGUUGGAGGGUAUGUGUUACAUUGGCUAUCAUGGCUUGAGUUGUGGGCAACAACUCUAGCAUCUAUUGAAAAAUAUACAAUAUGUGUGAUAUAAUCAUAGAUCUGAUAGCAGUGCUAUCAUGUUGAGGCCGGACGAGGUAUCUUCCCCAUCUGCUGGGUAGGAAAAUUCCUGGAUGCCCAUGUAGAAUUGAAAGGCCUUUUUUUCUUACCUUAAAAAAAAACACCACUCAGGGGAAGCAGUGAAUCCUUUUCCUAGCUGCUGCUUCCAAGUAUUACUAACUUUAAAGAAAAAGAAAAAGAAAAGAAACACAUGCAUAGUAUCAGGGUGCAGCAGCUGUGAAAAUGGUGGUUUUCAUGUUAGGGAUCAUUAGGAAAAGGAAAAUAAAACUACCAAUAUCAUAAUAUUUUUAUACAAAUAUAUGGAAUACUGUGUGUAUAUAUGGUGUAUUAUUUCUGCUUGCUGCACCUCAGAAAUCAUGUCAUUCUGGACUCCCUUUGGGAAAAGUAUGAGAUACACAUUUAAUAAAUAAAUUUAGCAAUGAAUAUUAACAUUAUGUAGAGUUGGAAAAGGUUUAGAAAAAGGCAACCAAAAUGAUAAAGGGACUGAAGUGCAUCCCCUAAAGGAAAAGUUACAUUUUGGGUUUUCAGUUUGAAAAAAAAGUGGGGAACGGGACAUAAUAGAGGUAUAUAAAACCAUGCAUGGGGUUGAGAAAAUGGGCAGAGGAAGGGGGGGAAUCCCCAGAGGCGUAGGAAGGUCAGGUGGUACCUGGUGCGGAAAAUUUGUCACCACCCCCCACAUUGAUUUAUUUAUUUAUUUUGCCUGCAAAAUUGGUUUUAUGUUAUUUCAUAUUUUCUUACAAAGGAAUGUGGAUUCUGAGCCUCUGAUAACAAGUAGGCGACUAUGGACAGAUUUUUAAAUCUACAGGAUGGGUUGUGUUUUGGCUUGUGUUAUUUUAUUUAUAUUUAUUGUUUAUUUAUUUAAUAAAAAUUGUUUUUAAAAACCUGCAAAGUGGUUUACCAAAACUAAAAAACUAAAAAACACCACAGCAGUAAAAUCAUGAAAAAUUAACAAUACUACCUUAAAACAUACAAAAGCUAAAAUAUUAAAAUUAAAAUUACUUCAACUUCCUAAGCAUCUAAGUAUGCUUGCCUAAAGAAGAAUGCUUUUAGCAGGUGCCCGAAAAGAGUCUAGCAAAGGCAUUUGCUUUGUUGCAAUAGGCGGGGAGUUCCAAAGUGCAGGUGCUGUUACAGUAAACAAUGCAGUACAGAUAUUAUGUGGAACCUGUAGUAGUGCUUGAAACUAUUGAAGGGGAGGUUUUAUUUAUUGUGAUUUCACCAUGCUCUGUAUUAUCUGUAAAAGAAAACAUUUAUUUAAAAAACAGGACUGCAGAGCAGCAAUCUAGUCUCAUCAUGAUCACUGGGACUUAUUCCCGAGCCCAUAGUGCAUAAGAUGAGCUGCAAUCCUAUGCACCACUUGCAUCCAAAUUGUACCUAAAACUCUGCACAAACCUUCACCAGAGAAUUGUAGAGUUGGAAGGGACCCCUGAGGGUCAUCUAGCCAAACCCCUGGGGCAAUGCAGGAAUCCCUGACCAAUGGCCAUCCUUCUUCUUGUUUUUCCUCUUAGCCAUGACACACAACGGUUAAAGACACAACAACGGAGACUGGAGGUGGGGGAGGGAAGCCCAGCGGAGGGUAGGGCAGUAGGGUGGUUCAUAAAAAAACUUUUUUUAAAAAAAAAAGCCUGCUCCAAAGGUCUUAUCUUACUAAACUAGGGAUUACAUAGCUAUAUCUUAAAUUUCAUGCAUAUCAGUUAAUAUCUUGACCCUGCUCCACUGAAUUGAAAUUUCAGCCUUCACGACAUAGGAAAAUGGCCAAGGAAACAGCUAUUUUCGUGGAGGAGGGUCAAGAUAUUAACUGAUAUGCAUGAAAUUUCAUAUAUAGCUAUAUAAUCCCUAGUGUAGUAAGAUAAGACUUUUGGAGCAGGCAUUUUUUUAAAAAAAGGUUUUUUUAUGAACCGCCCUAGUAGGGCAGUAAUUGUUCCUUGAUAAUUUGUCACCCCCGUCCAUGAUGGCACCUGGGAUGAGCUGCCCUCCCGCCCCCCUUCCUAUACCCCUGGGAAUCCCCCUUUCUCAAAAUACUAGAACUGGGUUCAUCCAGUGAAGCUGAAUUUGGGGGGGAAGGAAGACAAAAGCAAGUACUAUUUCACACAGCACAGUAGCAAAUUUAAUUAUCUGCUAUAAAAAAUGCCACCAACUUGGAUGGCUUUAGAAGGGGAUUAGAGAAAUCCCAUGGCUACUAGUCAUGAUGGCUACAUUACCUCAAGCACCAAAGGCAGUAUGUGGAGAGGGCUAUUGCACUCAUGCUCGUGAGCUUCCCACUUGCCUCUUACUUGGUCUCUGUUGGAACAGGAUGCUGGACUAGAUAGGCCUUUACUUUAAUCCAGCAGGGCUCUUAUGUUCUCAUAAUUUUGCAGGUGCAUGCCCUUCACACUUAAUGGAGCAUGCAUGCAUUGAUUGUGGUAUUUUGGUUGUUGUAAGCUGAUCUGAGUAAUGUAAAUGCAUUAGAAGGGGAAGAUAUAAAUCUUUUAAUAAGUAAAUACCUUUUUUUACUCAUAUAUGUAAAAUGAGAGUUGGGUCGUUAUGUGUUGCACCCCUGACCUUGGAUACCAGUGGUCUGUCAUUGGAUUUUGAUGUAAAUCAAUUGCUGUCACAUUUUGCUUUAGUGGUCAUACAGCAGUAACUAAAUAAACUGAGUUUCUUGUGUUAAACAGGAUCUGUGAGAAUCACUCAUAAAGAGACACACUUGCUUUUCUUUUGUGGAUCCAAACAAAUAUUGUAUUUACAUUAUGUUUUUAAAUAAAAAAAACUUGAGGGAUGUAAUAAGAAUUAACUUUCACACACACACACACACACACACACACACACAAUAUUUACAAUAUAUUUGACGUGAUAUCACAGUGUAGCUUUUGCUGGUCACCAGCAAAAACACAUUUCAAAACAUUCAAAGGGUUUUUGAAGCUCAUGUGUUUAAAUCAAAAAGAAUUAGUGAUACCUUGGUUCUCAAACUUAAUCCGUUCUGGAAAUCCAUUCCAAAACCAAAGCAUUCCAAAACCAAGGUGCGCUUUCCCAUAGAAAGUAAUGCAAAAUGGAUUAAUCUGUUCCAGACUUUUAAAAACAACCCCUAAAACAGCAAUUUAACAUGAAUUUUACUAUCUAAUGAGACCAUUGAUCCAUAAAAUGAAAGCUUUAAUCAAUGUAUUGUACUAUAAAAUAAAUAAGAAAGUAUUGUAGAUGAUAAAAAUUUUAAAUUAAAUGUUUUCCCCUACCUGUAGUGAUGAUAGUCAUUGUUUGGAUGGCGGGCUUUUAUCCAUUUCCACAGUCACAUAAUCAGUCAAUCAGUAGCUGAACUGGGUUCCACACAGGCACAAAAACAAAUUAACCGAAAAAGCCUCAAAAACAAAAACGCAAAAUAAAUAGCAAAAACAAAAGCACCAAACUUAAUAUGUUCCGGAAGUCCAUUUGACUUCCAGAAUGUUCAAAAACCAAGGCACAGGUUCUGAUUGGUGCAGGUGCCACGGAAACAACAGCCGACAGCUGCAUCAGAUGUUCAGCUUCCAAAAAACAUUUGAAAACUGGAACACUUACUUCCGGGUUUUUGGCAUUUGGGAACCAAGGUGUUUGAGAACCAAGGUACCACUGUACCUAGCUGAUUUUCCAGCUGUCACAAAGGAGAAGUCAAGGCUGAGGAGCAGAAAUAUCUCAGCACUGAGAUUCAUUAGGUAUAUGAUUUAUUCUUCAUGAGCUGGUUAGUAAUAACUGUUGAAAGAGUCCCGGUUCAGGCCCUUUAACAGUGGCCUGUGUAGUUUUUCUUCCCUUCUUGAACAUAGUUCAUACUUACGUUUUCUUAAUAUGACCCCCAGUUUGGACUCACUUUACUGUUAAUUGCUAAGAUUUCUGAAGUAUUUCCAUUCUAAUAAAAAAAUGGAUUAUCGCACACCACCCCAAUCUCCGAACAGUGCAAGAUUCCAGGGGUCCCAGAUACUUCUCCGGGGUUCAUAUUUCCUUUUGGAAAUGAGGCACAGCAGAGACUGUGGUGUCUUUAUGACAUAUGGUUCAAUGACAUAUAUGCAACCUGGGACUUUAAUGGAAGGGUUCACAACAUUAACACCCCAAAUGGGGCCUUGUUUCUCCCAUAGCCACAGCCUUGGAUUCAAUCUGAAAUAAAACAUUCCUCUGAAAUGAUCAAAUUAAGGAUUUGAUGUGAGUCAAGUGUUGGCCUGAUGGCAAUUUGAGACAGGCCCAUGCUUCUCCUAGUGGCUGUGACAUCCACAACCAGCUCAACAAUUAUUCAAUUGUUUCAGUUGCUUAGGGAUAGCGAGAUGGUGCUGCUACAGGGCAAAAACUACUCAUAAUUGUCACUGAAUUGCAAACACUGAGUUGAUGGUCAAUAAGCAAGAACAGGAAAAAUAGACGGGCCAGCUAGUGUAUAAGAAUAUACCAAUCUUAAAAUAGUAAAUUAGUUACUCAACCCAUAUUUUUAUCUUAACAUACUCUAUACGGUAAAGGUAGCAAUCAGUUUAAGUCAGAACACAAGCAUUAGGCAGGCUAUUUGUACAGCCAGAAUUUUACAAAGUUCAAGAAGGCAUCUUUUGAAUGAUGAAAAAUGCAUUAAGCAGGACUGGGAUGACAAUGAAUCCAUUUUUCUCUAUUAUACAUGACAUUGCAUUCUAAAACAUUAAUGGUUAUUUAUUUUAACCAUAUUUAAAUAAGUGUAAAAAUAAUUCUGAGAAGCAUCCUUUACCAAUUAGCCAACUGUAAAUUUCCUCCCAAGUUACAAAGGGUCCAGUCGAAUUUCCGCUGGUCAUAUUGUCCUGCUCAUUUCUAGAACUCUAUGGGGAAAAAACCCUGUAUCAUUACCAAAUGAAAAUAAAACAAAGCCUUAUACCACAGGCCAGCACAGGACCAAGUGACACCAGCAAAGGGUUUAAAUAAAUAUCUCUCCAUGGAUUAGACCAGUGAAGUGGCUGUACCCCAGCCCCAUCAUCCUUUAUGGCAUUCUACACUUUUAUGAAAAACUUGGGUGGCUGCUAAUAAUAUUAGUACACUUUCUUAAUGGCCCCAAAAGAUAGUGGCUUGAAUCCAAACCAAAUUAGUUGAGUGAGACAACUCAGUGCCACAUUCCAUAUGAUGUUAGUCACAUGUGCUUAACCUGGCUGCUUUUACUUUGGAGAAAGAGCAUUUAAGGGCCUUGAUCCUGAAUAUACUCCUAGUCUGGAUCAGAGCAUGCUUACUGGUUUUCUGCUGAAAAUGAACCCCGUGUUUGGCUGCUAUUUGCCCUCCACCCCUCCAAAGCAUAAGCUAGGAGAAAAUGAUUUCUCAGAUCCAAUCCAGAUUGACAGCAAUGUAUCCUAGCAAGUUUUACUGAAAAUCAAAUACCUUGCCUCAAAAUUCCUGUAGUGUGAGAAAACCACAACCCACAAAAUACUGACAUUUGAUGGCAACUCUAACCUUACUCGUUUUUUCUCACAUGUUUCUUAGACACUGAGCCUGUAGACACAUUACUGGUUUAAAAUGCAAAUAGGUCACCCCCCCCAAUUUGCAUUGAAAUUGGUUGGGGGCGGUGCAUAGGAACACAGUAUAUUGUAAGAAACAAGGUAGAUACAGGGUCGAUAUGAAUUGUGGCUAACGUGUACAGCACUUACUAAACUAGUGGUGGGAGUGGUCUGGAUGCAGGGCAAAUAGGAGUGUCUACACAGCCUGAGAUAAGAACCUUUAAGACAAAAUCAUUACUUUGAAACAUUUACAUAAAUAACCAUAGUGUAUGUUACAUUGUGGGGGGAAAUGAAACAAAAUUGGAAGAACAGGUGCAGAGGGAAAAUGCAAUUUAAAUGCUGGCUUUUCAUUUAACUGCAAUAAUAGAUUCUGAAAACAAAGCUAUUUUUGCGAAAAUGCACAGAAUGAUAAAGCAAGCUGCAGUAGUAAUGGUUAUGCAUCUUUUAAUUAUGGGGAAUAUCUACCACAUUCAUUUUAUACUAUUAUCAGAGCAUAAUUUCCCUUCCUUUCAGCCUCAGAAUUCCAAAAAACUUGCUUCCUCCUCCUAUUAAAUUAUGCUAUUUAAAGCACAUUCUGUUAUGUGUGAAGGGCUUUCAGUUUUAGCUUUCUAGAUAUUGUUGCCAGUUAUUCAGAAGACAAAUGCUAUGGUAUAAAUACUUUGGUUUGGAUCCAGACUUCUUUCCCACUGGUGAGAAAAUCUAUUGAAGAGAGAGAUGGGUGUCGAAUGUCAAAGGAGAAUCUAAGAGUUCCCCCCUGCCCCCCAAGACUACACAGCAAAUCCUUUAGGUGAUGUGCAACCCCAUCUAUAUAUCAUUAAGUUGUAUUAGUAUGUCUGUUCAAAAGAAGUCGGAAAGCUAGGCAAAUGGCUAAUCUGGUAUCAACAAUUUUAAGGCUUUCUAAUUUCAUGCUAUAGUCUUGACACCAACCAUGCAAUAUUUGUAUCAGUAAAUAAAUUCAGUUUUUGCUUCCUUAGCUAUGCUGCAAAUUCCUUUUUAUUUUCAGAAAGUUGGGAAUGCUUAAUGCUUUUGCUUGAGUAAAGAUCAAUAUAAUUCCAUCACACUAUGAUCUUGCUAUGUCAGAGAGGUUGAAGACUUGUGGUCAGUAGCACAUUUAGUUAUAUUUCCCAUUUCUAAAAAUCAGGGUAUUGAAUAUUUAUUUCACAACAUUUGUAUACUGCUUGAUUGCAAUAGAACCUCAAAGAAGUUUACAAAAAGAAUGAAACAAGAAAAUUAUCAGUAAAAUAUAAAAACAAGUAUUUAAAACAUUAAAAAAUAAACAAGAAGCUAAAUCCACAUCAAAACAUGUAAUAAUAAUAAUAAUAAUUUAUUUCAACUCCUCCCUUCUGGCUGGGUUUCCCUAACCACUCUGAGCAGCUUUCAACAGAACAUUAAAAACAAAAUAAAACUUUAAACAACAAAACAUUAAAAACUUCCCUAAACAGGGCUGCCUUAAGAUGUCUUCUAAAAGUCGGAUAGUUGUUUAUUUCCUUGACAUCUGAUGGGAGCAUCAGUUUCUACAAGCCUAGAUAAAAAGGUAAAGGGACCCCUGACCAUUAGGUCCAGUCGUGACCGACUCUGGGGUUGCAGCGCUCAUCUCGCUUUAUUGGCCGAGGGAGCCAGCAUAUAGCUUCCGGGUCAUGUGGCCAGGAUGACUAAGCCGCUUCUGGCGAACCAGUGUACGGAAGCGCCGUUUACCUUCCCGCCGGAGCGGUACCUAUUUAUCUACUUGCAGUCUGAGGUGCUUUCGAACUGCUAGGUGGGCAGGAGCAAGAACCGAGCAAUGGGAGCUCACCCCGUCGCCGGGAUUAGAACUGCCAACCUUCUGAUCGGCAGGUCCUAGGCUCUGUGGUUUAACCCACAAAGCCACCCACGUCCCCAAGCCUAGAUAGGCUUCGACAAAUUUUUUUUUGAAAACAUCCAGCAGGGGCUGAAAAGAGUAUAUUGAAGGUGCCUGUCUGAUGUCAAUAGGCAGGGAGUUCCUGAAUAUUGUUGCCAUACCACUAAAACAAUGAUUUCUUGCACUAUGAAUUGGUUGAUUAGUUGAGUUCUAAAUUGUGUUCUAAAUGUAAGCUCAUUUAUAAAUGCAAAAUGCUCUAUAUAAACUCUAUAUAGAGUUUAUUUAAAACAACACUGUAGGAACAUAAAUCUGUUGGCAGGUCCAGAUUGACUUUCUGUGGGUAGCAGAAGAAUCUUACAAAUGCAGUGGAAUAAUCUAGAGGAGAUAAAGUUCAGUGUGUAGUUAAAAUGUAAUCAGGGCAACACAAUGAGUGAAUCGGAGGUCACGGUGAACGUAAUCACCAAUUUUUUUUUUUACAAUGUCUAUUAAUUAUGGAUUGAAUACUUGUUUCCUUCUAUUUUUGAUUUCCAAUGACUAUUUAUGUUAUUCAGUUUCUAAACCAAUAAUAAAAAAAAAUGCAAAAUGCAGUCCAUACGAUAUGCAAAAGACCAUUCAAAUGCUCUUCAGCAGUAGUAUAUAUGAUUUCCCCCCCUGCAUGUACCUAAACAAGCAUUUGAUAUUAUUUAAAUUAUUAUUAAAUUAUUUAAAUUUAUUUCUUUGAUGUUUGUUAGUUUAUAUAUUCUGCCAUGCUAAAUUGCAUCCUGCGCUAGAGGAAUUGUUACUUAGUUUAAAGUAGACCCCCCCCCCCAAAAAAAUCCAGAAAUUUAAUUUUUGAUUGAAGGACCAAAUCACCCAGAAUACUCCUUAGUGAUUGAUAAACUCCCCUUCAGCUCACUUAGAUUUUAGCCAAUUUUAAUUUCCUUAUAAAUGCCUGAAAAAACUGCUUGCAUGUAACCAUAAAAAAGCAGGAAGGGGGUGGAUUAAGUACAACUCAGCCUUGCAUCCUUUCCUUUUGGGAAAGGGAUGAGAAUUGCUGGCUGCAGGGAUGGGUUUUUUGGGGUGGAGAGAUGGGUCUUUGGGGACUCUCAUAAAGGAGCAUCGUUUUUUUGCCAGCAACAACAGUAUUUGUGAUUCCCUUAAUCUUACAAAUUGAAUCAGAAAGCUAGUGAGAAUGUGCUUCUUCUUGUUGCGCUGAUCUGCCUUAAGAGCUGCAGAAAGGUUGUAUUAAUGAAACAAAGAAAAACUACAGAGUUGUUUAUAUCUGUACCUCAUAAUACCCAACACAGAUAUUUUCAUAGUAUCCCAAGCAGAGACAUGGGUUACAUCCAGAAGACGAAGAAGAAGAAGAAGAAGAAGAAGAAGAGGAGUUUGGAUUUGAUAUCCCGCCUUUCACUCCCCUUCAGGAGUCUCAAAGCAGCUAACAUUCUCCUUUCCCUUCCUCCUCCACAACAAACACUCUGUGAGGUGAGUGGGGCUGAGAGAUUUCAAAGAAGUGUGACUGGCCCAAGGUCACCCAGCAGCUGCAUGUGGAGGAGCGGAGACGCGAACCCGGUUCCCCAGAUUACGAGACUACCGCUCUUAACCACUACACCACACUGGCUCUCUCCAGUCUUUUCCCACCUUGCUAUUUGCUAGAGAAAGGGCAGGUGGUGAUUUUCACCAAGUCUCCUCUCAGCAUUUUGUGCCAUCUUUCAUGCUAUUUCAGAUGAUCGCUACUUCACUGCAGCAGUUUUUCAGGGGGCACAGGGAGCUCAAGGUGGGGUGAAAAAUCACCCUUUCGUCAGCACAUAAGAUGAAAGUUCUUAUUUAAAGUCUGCAUUCCAACUCAUUUAUGUCUUUAGUUAUGACAAUAUCUGAUGUCUCAAAGAAAGUGGAAACAGCCAAUCUUUGUCCUCUCUAGGCCCUGAGACAGACAGGUACUCUAGCAGUUUAGAUUUUCAAAGAAUGGGAUAACUUCCUGUUUGCUGACUCACUCAACAGAUUCUAUUUUAAUUAAAAGGGCAGAACUUAUGAAAUCAGUGGCAUUUUUACUUCCCAACAAAAUAUACAGCUUAAGGUUGCAAUCCUAUACACGUUUAUUUGAAAGUAAAUCCCCUUGGAUUCAGUGGGGCUUACUACCAAGUAGACCUGUAAACCAGGUGUGGGGAACCUGGAGUCCUCCAGAUGUUGGGGAGGCACAACUCCUAUUUGGUCUAUCCACCAUACCCAAUGGUCAGGGGCUAUGGGAGUUGCCAUCCAACACCAUCUGGAGGAUGACAGAUUUUGUACUGCUGUUGUAAAUCAGAGUGCAUUUUAGGGACAAACAAUGACAAUGUAAGCUAAUUUUACAGUAAUAGCUUUGUUCAAAAGAUGAAGACUGCAAACUCUCAGAUGCAAGCUUCAGUAAAUUAUGUUGUUGCUGUUUUGGACAUUAUCUUUGGAUCUUACAUGGUAUACAUGUUACAUUGUAGUUCUUAGCAUGGUAGCACUUGGGAAGUAAGCUCCAGUGAAGUCAGUGUCCAUGUAGAUGCAUUCAGGAUAAUGCUGUGCAUAUUAUUCCCUGUGAAUUUAUUCCAGGCUCAGCACUCUCGCACACUGUGCAGUCUUGGGCUGUGUGAUCAUUUAAACAGAUACAUGUUAUUAAGUAUCUGUGCUCUCAAAAACCCAAGUCUACAUUAACAUUCAGUGUUGAUUUUUCUGAUAGAGCAGGAGUGAACAGACUUCAUACUUGUGUGAUUUUAGGGGUUUUUUCUGCUAGGGAGAUGGUCUUUUACCAACUGGAAACAGCCAUAAACAGGCAUCCUGUGGGUUGAGCUAGUCCCAUCUUUUUAUUUUAAAGCUGCUAUAUACCACUAAUCAUUUACAAUUUAAAACCAACAAGCAACCAAAAAUUGCAGAAACAUAAUAAAAACACAAUAUACUGCAGCAAAAUCCAAAACGUAAGAGUUAUUCUGAAUGCUGUCAUGAGGUGGAGGGCAGGAUUUGCCUAAACAAAUAUAUCCACAUCUACAGUUCAGCUGUAGAGCUACAAAAGGCCUGAUACUACAAAAUAACACAUCAGGUCUUAGAUCUUCCUGGAAACGACAGCCUCCAGUCCCAGGAGCUAGGUUUUGGGUUUUGUUUUUUUACUGCUGAGAGAAUUAACUGUACAAAUGCUUUUAAAAAUCUGAGCUGAGAAAACUCCCCAGCUUCAGCAACACUUUAGUUGCUUCAGGAAAAUGGGGUGAAUGGCCCAACUUCACACACUCUUGCUCAAUAGGUCUUUUGUGCAGUGGAUGUUUCCUCAGUGCAUUUUUCUGGUGCUUCCCCCAGGGACCUAGUCUUCUAAUUCAUUUGGGCACACUAGCAAUCCAUCUUUAGCAUCCAUAAGUGUAGAAUUCCUUCCUCCACCUCACUGAUCAAUUUUCAUACUGUAUCUAACUCAAACUGAUAAACAAAUCAUUCUCCUUUGUGAAUUUUCAGAAUGCUGCACACAAAUACAUAACCACACAAUUCCCAUUAACAUUUAUGGGAAUCUAGAGUUGUCCUUUACAAAAACAUACCAGAAUACUACUUUUCAGCGCACUAUGCAUUCAUUGUGCUUCCAGUGUUUCAGAUAGUCUUCUGAAUUAUGAAUAUUCUCCAGUAUAGAAUAUUCUGAGCAGAAUUAUUCACUAUCAUCAAUUGCAUAAAAGCAUGUGAAAUAUGACAGUUUGCAUCCCCAACAAUCAGUCUCCCAAGGCAGAAUUGCUCUCCAAACCUCUGUUCUUUACCAGCUGCUGCCACCUGUUUUCCAGAGAAGGCAGAUUAGGACACUAAUUCAAGAGGGAAAUGGGGUCUCAGUAUUCUAAUUUGAAAAUGACAUAGAAUUGUUUGUGAAUUUAAUGGGUAUCCAAAUUGGUAGGAAAAUGUAUCUUGCUUUGGAAGUGUUAAUUUACAGUAUAGGAGAUAAAUGAUGAUUAACACAGCGCUGUCACUGAAAACAGCAGCCAUUGGAUUGGCCAAGUUCUUCUUCUCCAACUUUGAAACAUUUAGUAAAACUUUCCUAUAUCAUUAGUACAUAGGUUAGCUUCACAAUAAACUAUAGGUAGAAUCCACUCACAGAAGGGCUUUUAAUAUGAGACAAUCCACCAACAUUCAGCUAAUUAGGCCCCACUGCUUUCUGUGAGAAAUUUAGUUAAUUUCCCCAUUAAAAUCAAUAGAAUUUAAAGAUGGCUGGAUUGUGUUUAUAAGCAUUAAUAGCCUUUCCUUUCCCUUUUUGCUGAGGAAGGAAAUUGUAGGAACAAGUUUUGUUUCCAGAAAAUUGCUACACUAUCAGCUACCUUUAGCUAUUUUCAUUUUCAUUCAUAAAACAAUAUGGGCAACUUUGAUUUAUAAAAUAGUUAUAUUUCUCCAAAAUCCAGGCUGAUUAAGCAAAACUAUGGCCAAAUAGAAAUGCAAUGGUUAGCUUUUCAGUGCGAUUAACAGCAAAGUGAAUUUCUUCUGCUCUCUAGUUAGCUCUUUCUAUAACACAAAGGGGGAAAUUACUAAAUUCAGUAAUAGUGAUAUGAAAUAUCUCCUCAAACAAGCAUAGUUUUGCUAGGAUUAGGAUCUUUUCUUUCUAUAUUUUUCAUACCUUUUUCCUUUCACUGUUCCUGUUGUUCAGGCAAACUUAAUUUCCUGUUGGAUAUCUACAAAUAUGUACUUGCAGUAUAAGUAGUUCUGGCAUGAUAACAGUGCAGAUAAUUUGUUAAAUCACAAUGAUUUGUGUUAGGUUUGUUAAAUCAUAUUUCUGUUUGGUUUUCAAAUGUCCCCUCUUGCCUGUAUUCUGAUUACAGGUGAAAGCAAACCCAUCCUCCCUCUUGUUGCCAAGGCACAGGGUAGUGAAAAAGCAUAUUCAGUCCUAAAGUUAGAAGGGAAUACGGUGUGGAACAAUAGCGCACACAAGAGAUGGCCAGCACGGGUACCUUAGUUGUUGCUGGACUUGCUGGACUGCAUUGUUCUUAGCCUGCAUGGCCAGUGGUCUGGGAUAAUGGAAGUUAUAUUUCAAUAACACCUGCAAGCACCACAUUACCUAAGCACCACAUUACCAUUGCGUAAGCUGCAACUAUCUUUUGGAAUAUGGGGAUUGCAAAUUUGAACCUACUGAUGCAAGACAUUUUCUCUGCUACUUUUUCUUCAUUUAGUCUUGGUACAUCAGCUAUGCUGUAUUUUUAUCUACCAUUCAAAUACAGGAUGACCAGAUAGUUUGGUUGAAUAAUCAAAGUUUACUAAAUGUACAGUAAUGUUCUUUUCAUAUUUGUUUUUUUUUUAAAAAAAAAUUCUUAGUGCAAAACUUUAUAGUUCAAGCAUGCUAGUUGCACUUUGCAGAUCAAACCAUGAUGAGCAUUUUUGUAGAGAUCAUGAAGAGUACUAAAUGUUUGCUGGAAAUAAAGCCGAGUAAUCAUGAAUAAUCGCAACUGUGAAGUUCAGAAUUGAAUUGUAUUAACUUCUGGCUUGCUUGGUGUGUGUGUGUGUGUGUGUGUGUGUGUGUGUGUGUUUAAAGCAAGGAGCCUGUCAAUGUAUAUAAACCACUUUGACAACCCUAGGUGCAGCAUAAAUAAUGUCAUCAUGAUUUGUGGUCUUAUCAUCAGCUAGAAGAGGUAUGGAGGUUAUUCAUAGGUUGCUGUGGAGGCUAUAAAGUGGUCACUAUUAGUAAGAAAAAUACACUUCCUAUUAUUACACAUUACCCAUAGAGCUCCUGCAUACAGCAAUGUUUGAUGUGUUCACAGAAUAAUAGUUCUAAAUUUCCAAUUGGCAGCCAAGGGAAUAAUCGGAGGGGGGGAUCUAUAUAAGAGAAAUAUUAUUUUUAAAGCCAGAUCUGAAAACAAAUCACACUGGGAUUUGAAAUGAAAUGAAUAGUUGCUGCAGAAGAGUAGAAUUCAAUCGGGCCAGUUCAUGAGGACUGUUCAUUGGAAUAGUGCCUACUUGGUUUCAUAUUAUGCCUCUGAUCUUUGACUGCACCUUCAAUUUAUUUCACAGCAUGCUGAAUUAGCUUCAGAACAGCUUUAAGUAAAAAGUGUCCUGUGCCAUGUGUUGACCUUUGUCUUAAAUAUAUAGUGUGAACAUAUUUUUUUUUGCUUCACAACAUGAUUGGGUCCACCCAGUUAUUUCCUUUUGGGGCAGAGGGUGGUGAUGAUAAUAUUUACUUGAUCAUUAACUUAACUAGAAGAUAAGGAAAUAAUAGUCAUACUUACCCUGAGCUGGCAAAAUACCAUGUGCAGCCAUUUCAUAUCCCCCCUCCCCGAUUUGCAUUUUCACACAAGGUAUCUUCAAUUGAUUGGUUUCCCUGGCAACUGUUCCUUGCUUUGACUGCAUAAGCACUCCGGUGUGCUGUGAAACAGAUUACUGCUGAAAUAGUGGAAUUAGUCUGGUGUAAUGGGAUGUUGUUUGAGCUGUUUCAGAGUUCUUAAUUCCAUUAUUCGUUGUGUUAUUCCAUUAAUGCUGCAUUAUUGUCAAAUAACAAGUAGAUUUAGUCUAAUCAAAUUCUCUUUUAACAAGUUUCUUGUAAGCCUAUGAUAGGCAUUCUUUUCAUAGAAGGAAAGAAAUCUCUAACCCAAACUUGAAUAAAAUAUAUCAUUAGAAAGGAUACAGAAGGAAACCUAAUACUCUUUGAGCCAAUUCACAUGAUAACAUUUUUUUAAAAUUUUGGUUAAUACUAUCAACAGAGUAUUGCCUUAUUCAUCCCAUAUGUUUAUCUCUUUGUGCAUAUUCUCAUGUGUGCUUGCAUAUACUAGACUCUGUGUCAAACUAUAUUAAUUGAAAAAACAAUCCAAUGCCAUUUCAAAUAAGCAGAUGCUUUCAAUUCCUACAACAGCCAAGGUCAAAACUGGUUAGAAAGGUAGGGCCACACAGAAAUAGAUUGGAAUUAUUGAAACAAUAUGCAAAAUAAUUCUACUACAUGAACAGAAUUGCUAGUUUUUAGUCUGUUCCAGUUUAGUCUAAUCUAAUGGGGAUUAGUUAUUUUCUGAAAUCAAAUAACUUCACAAGCAACAUAAAAUUGAGAGAAGAAAGGAAAGAAGCACAUAAGGCAAUUGCAGUAUUUUGCCUUGAAUUUAUAACUUUACUGAAAUCCCCAAAGUUCUAAAAGUUAAAAUUGUAGAAUAAAGAAAUAAUGCAGCAUACAUAAGGAACUGGGAUUAAAAUGGAUCACACUGUUAUCAAGUUUGGUGGUUAUAACCCUGCCUGAAUAAAUGACCAAAGAGUCUGGCAGGGGUAGCCAGCCUAUUGUCUGGCACAAUUUUGCUUGUCCUUGAACCACACUCUAGUUAAUUGUACCAUUACUGCAUUACCAUGGACAGCAGGCCUACUUAUGAGCUGUUACAUCAUAUGAUUAUCACCCAACUGAUGGUCCAUAAAUCACUGACCCCACUCUGCCAGCAGCAGGAGCAUUGUUUGAGGAUAGCCCAGGUGGCCAACUCCUAGGUAUUUUGUACUGGGGCCCAGUCUUCCCCCUCCACACUUUAAAAAAGAAAGUUCUUUAACUACAGGGCAGGUGGCUGUAAAGUGCAGUGCUGCUGAGACUCCCCAUCUCAGUUUAUGGAGGGCCCAAUCCACAUGUAAUGUGCUGGGCCCAGAAAAUCCUGUUGGUACCCCAUAAGGUAAAGGUAAAGGUACCCCUGACCAUUAAGUCACGUCGCAAAUGACUCUGGGGUUGCAGCUCUCAUCUCGCUCUAUAGGCCGAGGGAGCCGGCGUUUGUCCGUAGACAGCUUCCGGGUCAUGUGGCCAGCAUAACUAAGCCGCUUCUGGUGAACCAGAGCAGCGCACAGAAAGGCCGUUCACCUUCCCACCGGAGCGGUACCUAUUUAUCUACUUGCACUUGACGUGCUUUCGAACUGCUAGGUGGGCAGGAGCUGGGACUGAACAAUGGGAGCUCACCCUGUCACGCGGAUUCAAACUGCUGACCUUCUGAUCUGCAAGACCUGGGCUUUGUGGUUUAGAUCACAGCGCCACCCGUGUUCCCAUAGCUUAGGGUAAACCCUGACAGCGAGAGACACAGGCUGUGUUUUUGCUUCUGAAAGUCAGCCUUUAAUGUUCAUCAAUACAUAUGCAAAUUUUAUGCAAAAGUUUUUUCAUGGUACUUAAGUCCUUUAAGUAUCUAACAACACCACUGGGCAGCAGUCAUCACCAAUUAUUGCAAUCCCACAUCUGACAAACCACUACUAUGUACUAACAGAGGACCACAUUACAGCUGCCAUGGCCUAAGAACAAGGGUGACCACACUUGGGUCUCAGCAGCUGCCCAACAUGGUUGAAUCUCUCUUCUAGUAGGCCACUUCCCUUAGCAGUAAAGGUCCUAGGAAAGUUAUUCCUAAAAAAAGUCAAGCCUUUGCAUGUGUUCCAAUCAAAUGCCCCAGAGGCUUGAGCUUUUAUGAGUAUUCAGUAAAAGUGCCCAGAAAUUCUCUUGUCAGAGUGUGGGGAGUACUCACUAAUGUCUUUCUCCUUCUUCUCAUACCCCAAGAUAAAUUUAUGGGCAAUGAGGAAGCAGUAGCUUGCGGGACGGAGCUGUUCAUUCUUGCUCAUCAGCAUUUCAUCAGGAGAUAGGUUAACUUUGGCAAGUACCCCAUCUCAAACGUCUUGCAACCUCUCUAGGAGCUCUUGGCGUAUUGCCUGCAUGCUCUGUUUGAUGGUUACCUCCUGCAGUUAGCUAGCAUGGAGAAAAAGAGGGUCAACAAUCUUUUUGGACCUCAGGCAAAUCCUUAGAUUUCAUGAGCCUCUGGUUAAUGUGGCUCAAAACCUAUGGUCACUGGUGCAAGGCAGAAAAACAAUGUGCCUCUUCUUUCUGUCAUAGGGCUGGGCUUUUUAAGCACAUUCAAUAGCAUUAUGAACUUCUCUCUUGAAAAAGAAAUUUUGCUUUAAAAUUAUUUAGAUGUUAAACCACAGGCAUAUCCUUUUAAAUUAAUAAUGCAACUUUUAUAAGUAUCCCCAGACUUCUCAUAAAGUAGGACUUAAGUGUAUAACUCUUUAUGGUCAUUUGAAUUUGGCCUGUUUAUUUACCGCCAUAAUUUCCAGUACUUUAAAAGCUAUCCAUUUAGAGAAAGUGAGUGUAAAUUAUUCCUCUUUAUUUCUCCAGUGAGAAUCUAGCUAUUCAGAAUGCUCUUGGAGAAGGAAAUCGCAUGAAUGGAUGCUGAUAUCAAAUAUACCCUGCCUGUAAAAGCUAGCAUGUCAAUGAAGUGGCUUCUGGGGUAGCCUUAUCAUGAAGUGAUGGUAUGGAGAGAUUUUGUCAUGACAAGAAAUUGAGCAUGCAGUCUUUCUAAGCGUAUUUUGAAGCAGAAUAAUCCCAAGAGGUGCAGUCCUGUUCAAAAGCACCCUGUCUUCAUUGUGCCAAAAUCCCAGUUUAGGGCUAAGUGCCCUCAAGGUUCAUGAGUAGCGUCAUAGCUGGUGGGAAAAAUAAGGAGGAAAACAUGUCUUUUUUUCAAUGGACAGCAUGUUGCAUUGCACAGGCUGAUACUUGGUAUGCAGCAUUCUAUUUGGGACCUUGCGUUGGUGGCAUUUGACACUUACAAAACACGGAGAUACUCAACGGCAAAAAAAGUUGCAUGCAGUUUAUAGAACAGUUUAAAUGCCAACAUCAAAGAGAUGCAAAUUUGAGCAACUAUUGAACUCUAUAGCCUAUGUGUUAGUCUUAAAUCGGCAAUACAGUAAGAAGAAGUAAAUGGGAAAAACUAAGAGAAGAGCUAUCAACCUUUGACUAUGUUUUUUGACUAGUUAUCUCUCAAAUAAUUACUUCUAGUGCUACUAAUCAAGUUACUUCUACUGUGCUAGCUGGAGAAACGUUGUCCUAUUGUAUGAUGGUGGAGGUGGGGCAGGUGUGCAGAUAGGUAAAGAACCAGGUGAAUGAGUAUCUACUGAAUAAUUAUUUACAAGGCUAUAUACAUAUAUUCAUAUUCUUUUGCAGUCAACAGUUCAUAGAUAGACAGAUGGUUAGAUAUAGUUAGAAAGCAUAGUUGGAAAUCCUCUUUUCAGUAUGAGUGUAUCAUCAGUACACAUCAUGUGGGACUUUGAGUUCAAUAUGUCAUUAUAACCAGUUGGCUGCAUGCCUGUAAAAUAUGAAAAUGAUUUACAAAACAGAGCAGAAACCAUUUCAUCUCCUGAAUGCAUUCCAAAAUAUAAUUUGCCAGCAAUUAAAAUCCCAAGCAACGCAAACUGAAUUACUUUUCCCCUUGAGGCUUUCAACACCAUUUAAUUUGUUCUUGUUUUAUUCUUUAGCUUUUUACUUUUUGAUAAGUCUCUUAUGAGGAAUGAAAUACUAGCUUUUAUUCUUCAAAUGAGUAGCAAACGCACAAGCAAAUUAGUAAAUUCUGUUGGCUGAAAUAUCAGCCUCCUUGGCCCUUGUGUCAGACAAUAAAAUUGAAUCUAGUUUGUACACCAUGUCACUAGUGUAAUGUUAAAUAGUAACAUUAAUAUCCACGUAAUGGAAAGCAUUUUUGCAGAAAUCAUCAGCACAUGUGCAUAUUGAAACAGGUACUGUGUUGUGAUAAAGUGGUACCUUUCGGUUGAAGUGUUAUUUUUACAGCACUACCCUGUUCUGCCCCUGAAGGACCAGGUGCGCAGCCUGGGAGUCAUUUUGGACUCACAGCUGUCCAUGGAGGCGCAGGUCAAUUCUGUAUCCAGGGCAGCUGUCUACCAACUCCACCUGGUAUGCAGGCUGAGACCCUACCUGCCCGCGGACUGUCUCGCCAGAGUGGUGCAUGCUCUAGUUAUCUCCCGCUUGGACUACUGCAAUGCGCUCUACGUGGGGCUACCUUUGAAGGUGACUCGGAAACUACAACUAAUCCAGAAUGCGGCAGCUAGACUGGUGACUGGGGGCGGCCGCCGAGACCACAUAACACCGGUCUUGAAAGACCUACAUUGGCUCCCAGUACGUUUCCGAGCACAAUUCAAAGUGCUGGUGUUGACCUUUAAAGCCCUAAACGGCCUCGGCCCAGUAUACCUGAAGGAGCGUCUCCACCCCCAUCCUUCUGCCCGGACGCUGAGGUCCAGCGCCAAGGGCCUUCUGGCGGUUCCCUCAUUGCGAGAAGCAAAGCUACAGGGAACCAGGCAGAGGGCCUUCUCGGUAGUGGCGCCCGCCCUGUGGAACACCCUUCCAUCAGAUGUCAAAGCGAUAAAUAACUACCUGACAUUUAGAAGACACCUUAAGGCAGCCCUGUUCAGGGAAGUUUUUAAUCUGUGAUAUUUUACUGUAUUUUUGGUUUCUAUGGAAGCCACCCAGAGGGGCUGGGGAAACCCAGCCAGAUGGCUGGGGUACAAAUAAUAAAUUAUUAUUAUUAUUAUUAUUAUUAUUAUUAUUAUUCAAGACUCACUGUAUUCACUGAGGUUCAGUCACAGUUAAGUGCACCAGAGUUUGAGACCCCAUGCACGCUUACCCUCCAUAAGUCUAAUUGAAUGCAUCUGGGCAUGUUGCCAAAGAAAGAUGCACAAAAUUAGGUUGUACAAUUUAAAGUUAUCAUGUUCUACUUUACUAGAUUAUUUUGCAUAUAUAUUUAAGUACUGGGAUGAAGAUGGUGGAAAUGGAACUUGCAAGUUACCUAGCUCUCUCAUCCCCAUAUAUUGGUGAACAUUAAAAGAAAUAGGAUUUGUUUUUAUCUGUUAAUAUUGAUGAACAAAAUGCAAUGUUUGAUCUCUUUUUGAUGGAGAACACUUUCUACUUCUACAAAGGAUCAAAGCAGUAUCCUCAAAACUUUAGACAGCAAGUCAUUCCUUCAUGGACACUUGUUCUGUAUGCUACAUUUACUAUGCAGGAUCACCAUAUUUGACGGAGGCUCACAAACAGGAUCCUCUGUGUCAGAUUUAGGGCGGUGCAGGUGGUUGCCUCGCAAAGGGUGCCAAGACAAGGAGGCACAAAAUUUGGAAGAUCCAUAACUGAGAAGAUCCAUUUGGGGACACCAAAUGGCCUCACACAGGGUGCCAUAUUACAAAAGAUUUCCAAAGUCCGCCUCUUGGAUCCUACAUGCAUAUGAAUCAAGUAGACCAGGCAUAGGCAAACUUGGCCCUCCAGAUAUUUUGGGACUACAACUCCCACCAUCCCUAGCUAACAGGACCAGUGGUCAGAUGAUGGGAGUUGUAGUCCCAAAACAUCUGGAGGGCUGAGUUUGCCUAUGCCUGAAGUAGACAUUAUGUGGAGAAUGAGGAAUUGCUGGCGGGUGUAGUGUCUCUCCCUUACACAAAGUGAAUAGCCAAAUAAUAGUUCAAUGUUCUCAAAUAAUCAAGGGCAAGCAUAUUCUAAUAGAAAUCGGCAUAGGCAUUGGAUCUGAUAUUGUCUCUGUGACAGAAGCUUAGUUUUGUCUGACUCUCCAUUAGAUUACCUCUGGUGCUCCUUCAGCUUCAAGGUCAGCCCUACCAUUAGGCAACAUGCUAAAGAGUAUUGGGGCAAAGAGGCAGCCAUCCUUCCAAGUCUUCCCACCCCCAGCUAUUUUCCUCCAUUGGAAGACAAAGCUGUGCAUGCAGUGCGAGCUUUACACCGGCCUGCUACCCUCUGGUGUGGUGUAUGAUGUGGGAUAACAGCCAAUCCAGUUACCUUCUGCAUGUGCUAUGAGGGAGGGGUUGCCAUCUUGUCCAUUGCCUCAGAGAGCAAGAUGUCAUCAUAGGCCAGCCCUCUUCAACCAGGCUAGAACUUUGAUCCAGAGGGCCCUUUUACCUAUGCAGUCAUGCCUGCAUCCACAUCAAUUUUUUUUUUAUAAAAAAACAACACAAUAAAAUCCAUACACUAUUACUGUUAUCAUUCAAUCACUCUACAAUGCACCCUGUUUUACAUUUAUGAAAGAUUAAAAAACUGCUUGUGUUGCAGCACAGAGGAAAGGGAAUUGCUGGUUGAGUGUCCCUUUACACCUUUUGGACUGGGAUUAGUAUCACUCUCCAAGACAAUAUCUGACCAAGUUGGGAGGAAUGGUACAAGAGGAAAUGCAUAGCAGGGCUAAAUCCAAUCUGACAGGAUGGGCCACUUUUUCUUGCUAUGAUGCUUUUAAAAUGACAAGUAUCCAUCUCAAGAAAAAUGUAUCUAUCUUUACCAUAAUAAUUGAUUCAUCAUAAUCUUUGUAGCCAUCACCAUUAGUGAUUUUUUUUGUCAUUCACUUUUCCUUUUAAAAGCUAAUUCAUUAUUUUCCUAGUAGAAAAUAAAAUAAAAUCAGUCCAACCCCCCAGAAUGUCAUCUUUGUUCAGUGUUCUGUCUUUGUACCUAGUAUUAACUUUGUAUUAAGCAUUUUUACUGUCAUGAUGAAAAUAAAAGAGACAAGGAAAGAUCCAUUUUGCUUUUCUUUCUUUUAAAAACCUUGGCUGGAACAAUGUAUCCAGUUGUGUAUGUUUAUUCUCUUUGCCAUGGGGUGGAUUCUUCAAAAACAUUUUUUUUUAUUUGGCUACAUAUGCUCAGGACAAAAUACACAUGCAUCCUGUCAAUGUGAAAUGUAUAUAACAAAAUAGUUUGCUGAGUAGAAGCAGCAGUCCAGUGUUUUCCUGGGCACUCCUUCCUAAUCCUGCAUGUGUGCACCAUUCACAUUUGAAGGAGGACAUGCAUUUUAUACUGGGGUGAAUGUGUAUCUAACCAGCAAAUGAAAAGUGAGGUCCAAGUUCCUGUAGCUUUUGUAAUUGUGUUCUGCACACCAUGCAAACAUCAGAACCUCUCCAAUAAGCACAUACACCUCCCCUGCACACAACAGCUGCUCCAUUCAUUUUUCUGGACUCUAAUAAUCCGUGUGUUAAAUGCAAUGUGCACAUGUAUCUGCUUCCUUUAUAGAAAGGUAAAAGCCCUUGUGUUUGCAUUGCGACUCCUGUGCCUAUUAAAAACCAUUACAUUGGGUUGAUUGAUUUUAUUGUGCUGUAAAGCUUCUGUUUGUUCCUCACAACAAAGAAUCCAAGGAAUUUCUCUCUCUCCCCCCCCCCCAUGGCCCCUUUAUCAGGAGAUAAUUUUAAGUUGUCAGGCAUUUGCCAGUUGAAUUAUUCACUGUAUUGCAGUUUUAACAUCUUUAACUUUUGCCCAUUAGCGAUCAUCUCUAGUCUAAAGCAUGCUGCAAAACCUAAUCCCUCAAGGUUAGAUAAAAAUAUUUUUUCUUUUCAUCUUCUUUCAGCUGGAGUUAUAGAAUAAAUGGCAGCAAUAUCACACGGGACCUAUGCACACAAACUGUCAUUCUUACUCUUUACCUAGGGACAGCAAUUGCUAGACUGAGCUUCUGUGCAUGUUUAUCUCCCCCCCCCCCCAUCUUGUUGUUUUCCUGUAUUUUAAUUUCCAGUUCAUUUUCCAAUUAAUUUUGGAAACAUAGAAUCCUACAGCAGAUACAGAAAUGUUCUGGAAUAUGAUAUUAGUGAACCAAGGUUUUCUGUUAUGCAUGGACAUUCUUAAAACACAAGCAGACAAAAAAGGCUGAAUUGAAGUUAUGCCAUUUUAUUUUAGAGAGACUUGUAUCAACCACAUAGUGCUGUAAGGUACUUAAUGUUGAGAUAAUCCCAUUAUCAUGGUACCACUUUGUCAAUUGAUACUGCUUCAGAGGUCCCUGCUUCAGUUUGGGACACUUUGGAGAGAUUCCCAUUUAGCUCGGGCAAGCCACAUUCACCAGAAUCUUUUGUGUGCUCACACCCUAGUAUACAUCCACUACGCGAGCAGGAACUGAAAGGAAAAGAAGUCAUAUGUUGCUAAUUCCAUAAUAGCUACAACUGAAGAGGUAGCAGGACCGGGUUCAUGUGGUCCAGGAGCACAAAUGUUUACCUACACAGAGGUCUCAAGCUAGUAAUAGUACAUCUGUCUAGACUUUUCUGUGUAUAACUUCUGGCAUCUCUUUUUAAAAUCCAGCAUAUAUAAUGAUACAUGAUACAUGAUCAUUUAAGAAAGUCUGUAGUUCUGUCAAAGCAUAAUAGUCAUUGCAAAGGCAAAUAUAAUGGUGUGGAUAAACUGGCCAUAAUAUAACUAUGCAUAUUUGUUACAGCACAAAAAUGAGCCAGACUGAAUGGGGAAACUAACAUUCCAGAUAUAUUUCAGUUUUAAUUAUUGUAUUAUUAUUUAUCAGAGGAGCACUCCUAUGUCUCUCAAGGCAGAUGGAUGCCAGCGAUAAAACAUAAUGUAACAUUACAAAUACAGCAUACAUCAUAUAAAAAUAAUUAACAAAUCAUCCGCAAAACAAAUACAAAUCUGUAAACCACUAUUAACAAAAAAAGCAUCUAAAAAUAAGCCAAGCAUGACAAUUACACCAAAAGUCUUAUCAAACAAAUCAUUAGGGCAUUUAUAAUCUAUAAAACAAUAUUAGCAAAAUUAAUAAAAUGGCAACUAAAAAAUAUAAACUGAGCACUGUUAAUACACACACUCUUUCCAUGCCCCCAUAACUCAUAACUUUUCGCUCUGUUCAGUUCAUUAAAAUACACAUAAACUACACAUAAUUCCCGUUUUUAAGCUAGCUCAGCCAGAUGCAGUACUGGCCAGGGUUCUUGGGUAGUGGGCCUUGGAGGAGAUGGUGGGACUCUCAGGCCUAUCACCACUGAUAAGGAACUUGCCCGCAUUGCUCUCGAUAAUGAGGUAAAUUCCCAUGUGAAGUUUUAGACAAGCCUGUCUCUUUGGAGUGGUCAGUUGUGGUACACUCAGGGUGGAGACCAACCAGAAGGUCCAACAGUGACUGUACACUCAGGAUGCUCUUGCUACAUCAUAGUCCAUCCACUAGCAGCUGCUCCAGCAGCAGUGCAUCAUCUGUACUUGCUUUCUGUUUUACUUGGCCAUGGAUGUCCUGAGAAUGUCACAGAUGGUUUCCCGAGUGAUAACUUCAGUCCUUGAGCAAUACCAUCAUGUGGGAGGGGAAGUUAUUGGGGGUUUUUAAAAAACGUGUUUUGUGUUGUCUCAUUUUGUUUUUUUACGUUGUGAGCAGUAUUGUGAUCUUUGGAUGAAAGGCCGUAUAUAUAUUUAAUAAAUAAAACCAUGCACAGAAUGCCUGUGUUCCCCUUAAGUAGGCAAAAUGAGAGAAUGUUGAAGCAUUCCUUCCUGUACAGACAAACUGUGAGCGGUUGGUGCAUGCUGUGGGUUGCACAGCGCAAGUGGUUCCGGUGAGCUGACAGUACAAUAUAUGUGUCAAUAAAAGAAUGAGAGGAAUGGGUAGCUUAUACACAUGCAAAGUGAUACGCUGUGGAUGGAGUCAUAAUGUGGAGAAGGGUGCAAGCCACAUACUGUGAUGAGUCCUAUAAAAACAAUUUUUAUGUGCUGCUGAGGCAAUACAUUCUCACCAGUGUGGUCAGUGUUACUAGUAUGACCCUCCUAAGUGGUACAAGGAUUAAUAGGGCUGCUAACAAAUGCAGAGUAUUUUGUAGUUGUUAGUUUAUUUGUUUAAAUCACACAAUUGCUUUAAGAGCACUGAAGAAGCAAUUUGUAAUAAAUUUUAAAACUCCUCAUUAAUCAGCAUUUGAAAACCACCAUUAAGAGACAGUUUUGACAUUAACAAGUGCAAAUAAACCACCUAGAGUGCAGUGGAGCUGCCAGUUAAACCACUAAAUAAACAAUAAUUUAGAUGAAAUUUGUAUUGUGUUUUUUUUAAGCGUGUAUUCCUAAACUCACCAUGGAAAUAAGUCUGGAAAUUCAAUGAAUUGUUAUUCCAGGACUGCCAGUAGAAUAAAACGUCUCAAGAGCUAGCUCAUUAGUAAUACGUUGAUAACAAAUGACAUAGUUUAUUUAUACACAAUACCUGUGCAUUACCAAAUUCCAGUGACAAAAAAAGAAUGACAGCUCAAUUUAAAACAAAAUUGCUACAAUUAAUUAAUCCAUACAACAGUGCUUAAAAUAUGAGGAUAUUGGAAUGAAAUGUUGCAAAAAUAUCAUUUAGCAUUUUUAUAAGUUGCGCAGAAAAUCUGUUUUUAUAUACCUGAUAGGCACUCACCUGUUGGAUUGAUAGAAGGUUCUUUUGUGUGAAAAGACAGGCAAAGAGCUUUUCUUUCCUGCAGAAACACUGAACCCUGCCACUGUAUAUUCAUCUACACUCUGUCAAUGUAGAUCUUACUAUUCCCUCAAGCAUUCUGCAUCUAAACAAAGGCUUCCAUUAUAUCCAGCAUCCUCUUCUUGACAAAUUGUGCUCCAUUUUCCAUUGCAACAAAGUUUUUCUAGGCUCAUUCAGUCUUUCAAACAUCGUCAGACAUGGAUGGCACUGCAGUCACUUUGCUGCUGCCACCCCCCUCUCUCCUUGUCCUCUCAUCUAUUUUACUGGAGCAUCUAGGCCUUUUGCUUUGUGCCCUGUGGUCACUUGCUAGAUUCAUCUGAAUGUGAUAGGGUGGUAUAUAAAUGCUCUAGCUUAUACUAGAGCAUUUAAGGUGGUAGGUGGCCACUAGCUUGGCUCCUAUUUAAGCGGCUCUGCUGCCUUUCCACCCCUAAACCAGCUAUUAGGGGGCCCAGCUGGGAGGGUGGGAUAUGACAGCAGUGCUGGGUGAGGCCAGUGAGCCAUCAGGCCUUUGGCCAGUGCCCAUCCUGGCUGUCUAUGGCCCAGGCUUGAGCACAAAUACAUAGCUCCUAUGUAGCAGAAAUGUAAGACUAUAGAGCUAUUAUGCUGGAAAUGCACCAUACAAACUGUGCAGUGGCACACAUUUGUAUCCUACCUACGAUGUCAAAUUCACAGACACCAUUUCUGGGAAAACAAGAGGAGAAGGGUGGGUGUACACCAUGAAUUGCAGGUGUCCACAAGUGCAAGAAGUCCAUCAACAGAGGAAAGGAUUAGGUUGUGCUGAGGAAGGAUUUGCAUAGAUGACAUCUGGCCACCUCCUAUUACACCAGGCAUAGGCAAACUCUGGCCCUCCAGAUGUUUGGGACUACAAUUCCCAUCAUCCCUAGCUAACAGGACCAGUGGUCAGGGAUGAUGGGAAUUGUGGUCUCAAACAUCUGGAGGGCCGGAGUUUGCUUAUGCCUGCAUCACACUAUUUCCAACAGAACCUUUGCCCCACCCUCCUCUCCAGUCUGUGAUUGGGUAAGGUAGAGAUUGACUAGGUAGGUGUGGGAGCAGAGUGGCAUAGUUUCAUGCCACACAAUUUGAUAUAUGUGCUCUGUUCCCCUGCUGCAGCUUAUACAUGCCUGGGGUUGGGACAUCACUGCUGCUACACAGGUUUGUCUUUAUCCAUCCUCUCUUGGUGCCUCGGAACUUUUAAAAGGACAAGAACCAACUCUGGGUGAAGACCUGGCAGCCCUACUGCUGUGCCACAAUGUAGAAUAUACAGUCACCAGGAACCUCUGAGAAAACAGCAUCCGUGCACUGGUAAUGAACUACACAGGACAUGGGGAAGGGUGGGUUGGGAACACUGGGCAGAAUCAAAUACAAAGCUAUAAGGAGAUACUUUGUAUUGCCUUAGAUAAUUUGUCCAUCUGGUUCUUUACUGGCUGGCUGAAGAUCAAAAUGUCUCAGCGGGCAUGCACUGUGCUUUUAUGUGUGAACUGGACAACUGGUGCUUGAAAUUUUGCAUCUUGAAGUCUGUGCCUUUUUGAAAUGAACCCAAGAAUGUUUCAUAGGUUAUACAAUUCCCUAAAGGAUGCUCAAACUAAAAGCAAUGCAGAUUUCACUCCCACAGGUCACUUUUAAUUUGGAUGCAUCAGUGAACACAGC